GCUGCUGUGCUUUCCCGCCCACACGCCAAGGGAGAGAAGGAUGGGAAGAAAACCAGAACUACUUGUCCCUGCUCUUGUGUCGUUAAACAGUUGCCUCCUGGUCCCACACAUAUGACUUUAUUGCCCCUGCCCACAUGACCUCCUUGGCCACAGGCCGCCCCCCAGGCCCAGGGGCUACCUGUCCCCACUGCCAAUAAAGGUGGCACCUGUUUAAUGGCCCUGGCUCUUGCUCAGGGGCAAGAAGCUGCUGCCUUCUUGCUGUCUCUUUCUUGGCCAGAGAGAGCCUACCAAGGGUGAGCUCCAUGGAGAGCCUCUGCUCCAUCAGCCGCCUUGGCAGGAGGAAAGCAGGGGGCGGGGCUCCCCUCCAGGCCGAACGAAGGGGCGGCGCCGAGCUAGCGCUGUUGCUCCUGCUGCUGCCGCCGGCUGGCAAUUGUUCCAGGAGCCUCGGCAGCCGCCAGAAAGAACAGCCAGCCAGCUGACGGGCAGAGAGAAGGCGGCCACCAUGAGCAGCCAGAAGUGCGAUGUGGUCGUGAUCGGGGCAGGCAUCUCAGGUCAGUGGCGGGGCGAGCGCGAAAACAUCUCCGCGCCGGAGGGAGAAGGGGCGUGCGCCUCGCUCGGGUCGUGCCAGGGUUGUCCCCAAUCCAGUCGCUGGGUUGUACUGGGUUAAACUGGCUGGGAAACACUAAUAUCCAUCGCGGAGACUGGCGAAGCUGCCGGAUGCCCCGUCUCCGCCAGAACGCAGACGACUUUGCUCUUUUCUCCGAAUGGUUGGAUAACGCGCUCUUGCGCAGCAGUCGCCCGGGCAGCCUGUUCCAUAUCAGACAAGGGGCGCCGGCUGCUCCUUGGAGUCUCCCUCCGUCUCCCGACUGCUCUUUCUCACCAGGGACGAUCUGUCUGGCUCCCUCAACAAGGAUGUCUGCAGGCUGGGGAUAUCCUAGCCUCGCUUAAUGCCGGUGGCACCUUAUUUUGGCAGAAGCACUCCCAAGGCCGUGCCCAUAAUUUCGUGUUUAGUUUUGUGGUUACCCAGAUGCAUGUCAUCUUAGAUCCAAAGGGGUCAUUGGCAAGGAAGGCUGACUGUCUUGCCCCAGACCCUGAUGUGGAAGCACCAAAUAAGCGCCUUGGAAUGCUUGCCCUGGGCUCCUUUGGGAGCCUUUAAUUAAUUAAAGAUGAUAAUUAAUUGCAUGGUUAGAGUGGAGAUCUGGCUAGAAGGGAGACUUUUUGAGGCAGAUCCCUGUUGUGCCUUUAUUUAUUAGCUCCGCUGGAGCUAGUGGAUCCAUUCUGGUUGCCACCAUGACCCAAAUAAAUUGCCACUCUUUGUACCCGCAGUAGCAUCAGUAGUAACACGAGAUGGUGAUGAUGAGAUCAAAAGAGGCAAGCAGGAAGGAGCAGUGAGAAAAGUGCCUCCAUGCUACUUCCAUAAUUCUGUUUUCCUCUUCUCUUAAACGGAAGCACUAGAGUGAGGAAGAAAAGGCUUAUUGAGGGGAAAGGAUGGAGAGAUGCCUUUAAGGCAUUUAAGGAGGGAAUGAGGCUUAAAACUUAUACACUGUUAAGGGGUAGGGGAAAAAAUGGAUUGCUGUCUGCUCUUACCUUUACAGAAUUUUUUUUUUUUUUAACUGAGAUGUUCCUGCCUAAAAACUGUAGAUUAGGGUGGGGCAGCAAUCUGAAGUGAAGCAAGGUCUUUUUCUAGGUCAGUCACAGUGCAAUCAUCUACAUGGCUACUCAGAAGUUAAUCCCACUAAGUUAAAUUGAAUUUAUUCCCAGCUAAGGGUUCCCCCUAGAAGUAGGUCCCAUCAAACUCAGUGGUGCUCAUGUCUAAGUAGACAUGCAUAGUACUGCACUGGUAGCGUCACGGUCUUAUUACAUUUCCAAUCUUAUUUCCAUCUGUUACAGUAGAGGAUGUCUGCUUUUUUAAAAGCAAAAAAUUGGUUAGGUCCCGCCACCCCCCCUGCCCAGCAUUUUGAAUUUUCAAUAUUCUGAGAGCUUUUGCUUCUGGAUCUGUUUUAUACACUACUAACCUACCUGCUGGAAAUGGUGACAGUUUGCUGAUUUGUCUCUGUGUUAGUCUUAUAUUAUUAUUUCAGAUUAGUGUUUGUUACUUUGUAGUCUGCAUGAUGAUGUGCUAUAAAACUCCAAGGAACCUGCUUACCUAACGUCAUGCAUUUACUGUUCUCUAAACUCAUUUUAUGACCGCUUCUGUGGCUCUAACAGGUCCAUGACAGGUCAAAACUCAACAGGUGCAACUUUCCCCAGGUGAGAUACGCAGUGGUGGAGAGGAUGGGCCUUUCAAAUUUCUGCCAUGCAGCUGGUAAAAGGCAUAGACCAUUUGUCAUAAAAAUGGCUACCAUAUAUGCAACCAUAAGGGCAAAUUUAUAGCUUUGUAUUUUUUGUUGGGCUUAGCGAUUUCUGACUUCAAAAGUCUAGUCUGGAAAACUAGAACUGGCCUUUCUUUCUCCAGAUAUUUUAUUGCCUAUUUGAGCUAAAUGCUGUCUACGUACAUAGGCAAAGAGUUGGCUUCUCUUUCUGCCUCUAAUAUCAGCACUCACCAAGUCAGAACUUUUAAAGAAAAGGUUGGCACUUCUGUGGCAAAAUCUCCUCAGAAACUUUGUCUACUGUCACUGCUCUUUCAAAUCUUCUGUAUUUCACUUUUGGCAUAAAUCUUGACUAUCAAAGCAACAGGUUACCACCUAUAACACCUAACACUUUUCUGAAAGCACAAAUCCUUUUAUUAUAUUGACUGAAGGAGGCUAGAGGUUUGAUAUGGGUCGUGAGGGUUAAUGAGCAACAUCCGACAAAAAAGUCUUUGAAGUUAAGAUUUGCAAUUUCAGAUUUACAUGCUCCUAUAAUGUUCCAGCAGAUGCUAAGAGAACAAAAGGAUCAUUUUUGAAGGUGAAUGACGAAGCAUAGUAUGCACUUUUCAGUUCAGUCAGCAGCUCUGUUUAGUAGUAUCAGGUGCAUGUCAGACACUUCAACCCUUGUCCCACUUUAAUUCCUUCUACCCCACUGUAGUAGGGACGCAGGUGGCGCUGUGGGUUAAAACCACAGAGCCCAGGGCUUGCUGAUCAGAAGGUCAGCGGUUCGAAUCCCCACGAUGGGGUGAACUCCCAUUGUUCGGUCUCAGCUCCUGCCAACCUAGCAGUUCGAAGGCACGUCAAAGUGCAAAUAGAUAAAUAGGUAUUGCUCUGGCGGGAAGGUGAACGGCGUUUCUGUGCACUGCUCUGGUUCGCCAGAAGCGGCUUAGUCAUGUUGGCCACAUGACCCAGAAGCUGUCUGUGGACAAACGCCGGCUCCCUUGACCAGUAAAGAGAGAUGAGUGCCACAACCCCAGAGUUGUCCGCGACGGGACCUAAUGGUCAGGGGUCGCUUUACCUUUACCUUUACCCCACUCUAGUAGACUUUGGCUGCAUUGCACACCAUUAAUUCAAAGCACAUUUAAAGUACAUGCUUACCCCCAAUGAAUCCUCAGAACUGUAAUUUACCCCUCACAGAGCAACAAUUCCCAGCACCCUUAACAAACUACUGUUCCCAGGAUUAUUAUUUUUUUGGGGGGGGGGGAAUAAUGUGUUUUUAAUGCCUGCUGGUGUAUGCAGCCUUUAAGCUCUGAAGACCUGCCUGAGGCAGUAGUGGGCAGGAUGUUUGGAGGUGAUGAGAAUGGCUUGAAAGAGUUAAAUGUAUAUUGGAGGCUUAAAACCUUUAGGUUUGAUUAAAGUGUAUUGGGGCAACUUUUAUUUUCUCACUGUUUUCAUAGAAUGGCCCUUUAGACCAGCCCCCUGCAAUGCAUAAAUCUUUUGCUCAUGACCCUGAGAUUAAGAGUCUCAUGCUCUACUGACUGAGCUAUGGGAAGGGAUGAGGAAUAGAGGAAACAUGGAUGCAUGAGCUGUUGAAAAGGUUUAGAUGGGCGACUGCACGACAAUCUUACUUCAACUUAAAUUGUAUUUGUGGUUGUUGAACCACCUGCCAUGCAUCCAGACAGCAAGAACAAGCUAGCCAUGUGCUCAUAUCCUGAUAUGCCUUUAAGGGAAGGAUGUUUGCUCAUUGAACCGAGGCAAAAAGAACAAGUCCAGCAAGCUUUCAGUAGAUGGUAAUCAUUCACAUCAUUCUUGGUGAAGAGUUACUGCUGGACUGUUGUGAAGGAGAUUGAAAAGUGUGUGUUUUUCCUCACAGAUUAGUUACAUUCUUCUUCUUUGGCGAUCACUUGUAGCCGAGUAAGAUUGUCUUCCAUAAUCACGGUUUUAACGAUGAGUCCGUAGGUGACUGUGGAGGCUAAUUCUGGAUCCACGCAUCCUUCCACAGUGGGGACAUUGGUUACCGGGUGGGAGUUGAUCAUGGUGUGGAUUUGCCAAGCGUGCCUUCCUCUUAGCACGUUUCUCCCUUGCGUUCUGAGUUCUGAGUGUCUUCAAAGCCCAUGACACCUUUGGUAAAGGCUGUUUUCCAAUUGGAGCGCUCGCAGGCCAGUGUUUCCCAGUUGUCGGUGUUUAUACUACUAUUUUUUAGAUUUGCCUUGAGAGAGUCUUUACACCUCUUUUGUUGACCACCAGCAUUACGCUUUCCAUUUUUAAGUUUGGAAUAGAGUAGUUGCUUUGGAAGAUGAUAAUCAGGCAUCCGCACAACAUGACCAGUCCUACAAAGUCGAUGUUGAAGAAUCAUUACUUCAACACUGGUGAUCUUUGCUUCAUCCAGUACACUGAUAUUAGUUCGCCUAUCUUCCCAAGAGAUAUCCCAACCAUCCUAAAUAUCUUUGCAGAAGCUUACGAAAAGCUUGGUCUGUCACUCAACAUCCAAAAAACCAAAGUGCUGCACCAACAAGUACAAAAUAACCCCUCUGCAGCGCCACAAAUCCAACUCCAUGGUGUAACAUUGGAAAAUGUCAAUCACUUCUCCUACCUAGGCAGUUAUCUUUCCACAAGGGUCAACAUUGAUGCCAAAAUCCAGCAUUGCCUAAGCUCUGCAAGUGCAGCUUUCUCCCGAUUGAAGUGCAGAGUGUUUGAGGGCCGGGACAUUCGCAGGGAAACCAAAAUGCUUGUUUACAAAGCUAUUGUACUACCAACCUUACUGUAUGCUUGUGAAACAUGGACCACUUACAAAUGCCAUCUCCAACUUCUCAAAAUUAGGUACAUAUUUACUUCCCAGUAUAAGGGACAUAAUGUUUUGACUUUGGCUAUUCCAAAAAUAAUGUGAGAAAAAAACAUUUUCUAAGCAAAUUGUCCCUUUGGCUCAGGACAUACAGAUUCCCAGACAUGAAUAUCAUCAGAUGUCCUUUAUCAUUCAGUGUGGGAAGAGGAACUUAGCAUUUAACUUUCCUAAAUCCCUUUUGUAGUAUAAUAUAUAUUUUGGAAAGUAGAUGUAUCUGACUCUAAUGCUGACAUUUUUCUCUCAAAGAAUGGACUUAAUAAGCUUCAGUCACCAGAAGCAUGCUGGGCAACUCUGUCAUUAUUCAAACCACCUAAAUUUAAGACUGAUUUCGGGUUUUAAACUCAAAGCUUCAGGUAACCUUAAACGUACUCAAUACAGCAAAUAGAACCUUGCACAAUGUUGGAAGUGGCUUUGUGUUCUGCCAAAACAUCCUCACAGUGUUAUCAGUUGGUGCUGUUAGGUGACUGCAAGGUAGUCAGGAAACAUGUCUGAAGGACCUACGAAGGACCUGUACCUAAAUGUGUGGAGAGAAGCCAUGGUUCCCUGCCCAUUUCCAGGUUUAGCCUUCAUUCAAAAGUAGAGUUCAGUUCAUGGUUCUGGCUGCAGCCUGAUAGUGAGAGGCAACUUUCCAAUUAUUGCUGGCCUCCAACUCCCAUCAGCCUCAGCCAAGAGGCCAGAAUGUUGUGAGCUGCAGUCCAAGUAAUAUCUGGAGGGCAUCAGCUUGAGGAAGGCUGAUGUGAGCUGUGAAACUCAUUUGUGUACUCAGUGGUGGGUGGGUUUGUUUAAAUAGCACCAACUCUGUUCACAGGAGAGCACUUCUCUAAUUCAUGAACCUCCCAAUGUAUUCAUUGACCACAGCCUGCCUUCCUUCCUUCUGGAAAGAAAACUGGAUAUAACUGGGUGAGAUGUCCCGCUACCACUAAUUAGUCUUUAAAUAUUAUAACAGGGCAGUUGCAUUCUUAUCAUCUUAUUGGGCCAUGAAUAUAAAUUUGACAGUGAUCUGAGACAGAAUUUAAGCAGCACACCAGGAACUGAGAGAGACAGAGUGAUGUCUGAUUUCUGUUUCAAUCCAAGGCUGCAGCUAUGGGGGAAGCAAGGCCCUCUUGGGGUGUUAAUGCUGCGAACCCCUCCAUUGUAGGCUCAGGUUGUAUAUAUGUGUAAAUAAACCAUGUAUCCUUAAAAACACCACAGUCCACACAGAACACUGUUUUUCCAGAGUUCCCAACUACUGCAUGACUUUAGUUAAACACAGAGAUAAUUUAGGACCCCAAAACAAUCUGUCAAAGUUAGAAAAACGAAAUGAAGAAUCAAAGGCGCGUGAAACUGUUCAGUUGAGCAAUUUCAGUGCUACCUUAUUAACAGAAUUUUGCUGACUGACAGUGAGUAAGAACAGAGAUCAAAGUACCUGAUGCCAAGUUCAAUAUCUCAGCUGAAACCCAGUAAUCAGAUUGUUUAUAUUAUGCUGGCUGCUCUAAUGAUCCCAAUGCUAUUAAAUCCAAUUUUCAGGCAAAGUAAUGCAAUAAAGCAGAAUGUUGGGGCUUUGAAAGGAGAUCUAAGCUUGGGGAAAUUAUAACAGGACAGUUGCAUUCUUAUCACCUUAUUGGGCCAUAAAUAUAAAUCUGUCAGCAUUUUUAAUGGCUACUGUUCAAAGGCUGACAUUGCAUUUUGAAGGCAAAACUCCAGGUAACAUUAAACUUACUCAAUACAGCAAAUAGAGCCUUGCACAAUGUUUGUGCACUAUGUAAACACCCUCACACUAUUAUCACUUUGUGCUGUUAGGUAAGGUAGCCAGGCAACAUUUUUGAAGGAUUUAGUUGCAGCUAUGGGGGAAGCAAGACCCACUUGGGGUGUCAAUGCUGCAAACGGUUGUAUAUAUGUGUAAAUAAACCAUGUAUCCUGAAAACACUACAGUCUCCACUGUGCUUCAUUCUAAGGAGAACAAGGUAGAUUGUGGUAGCGUACACACACACACACACACACACACACACACGUUCCUCCAACUGGUCAUGAGUGACAGACUUUUUCUGAACUGUGGGGUAUUGCUCCCUUGAUCGCUGCUUAAUUUGCCUUUUCCUUAAGGGUACCGGUGGGUGAGGAAACUUUUCCAGUGCCUGGAAUGGAAACUAGGUACGGUAAUUAUCACUCUGUGGGUAAUAAGCUACCCAACAGUUUGCAUCAGUUCCAAUUAUAUUGUCAUUUAUAUUGCUGAUGGCCAGAUUCUGGUAGAAACAUUCAAUUUUAGGCAUCUCUGUGAUGUCACAAGUACCCAUACUAUGAAAAUUCACACAACCUCAUUUAUCUGGUAGUUUCAGAGUGCUCAUGCAAGUAUGCUGUGUUUUCACUAAUGCUGCUAAUGCGGCUGUACAAGACUAUUUCCUCUGGUGGAAAGCAGAUCAAUCAUUCCUGCUAUAGAAUAUCUAUGCAGUAUAUUACCAUAUUUUUCACUCUAUUGGACGCACCCGACCAUAGGACGCACCUUGUUUUAGAGCGGGAGAACAAGAAAAAAAAAAUUAUCCCCCUCUCUGCUCAGCGCCCCUUCAACAAAGCGGCAGGAGAAACUGAGCCCCUUACAUUUCUCCUCCCGUUUGGCUGAAGGGGCGCUGCGCAGCUCUCCCUCUCUGCUGAAGCCAGGAGAGUCUUGCUCUCCUGGCUUCAGCAAAAGGAACCCGAAGUCUCCGGAGCGCAGGUCCUGCUGCGCUCCGAAGGCUUCAGGCAGCUAUCGCUGAAGCCUGGAGAGCGAGAGGGGACAGGGCGCACUGUCCCCUCUCGCUCUCCAGGCUUCAGUGAAAGCAACGCGAAGCCUCCGGAGCGCAGAGGGAGUGCUCCCUCUGUGCUUUGGAGGCUUCGCGUUGCUAUCGCUGAAGCCAAGGAGCCUGCAUUUGCUCCAUAGGAUGCGUCCUAUAGAGCGAAAAAUAAGGUGAUUUGCCAGCACACUAAGAAGAAGUGUCAAGAUAACCAAAUGUGGAUAAAUAGGUUAUAUUUACUAAAUAUAACAACUUGUGGAUCUGCAAAACAAAUUAACUAGUCACAUUCAGCCAAUGUAACCAAAUCAAAUUAAUUCUGGGCAGGUGUUCAUUAAUAGAGGGGGCAAUUUUUAUCCCCAGCAUCUGGGCAAGUUAACAGCUGCACAUUGUGUGCACGCAGCAAGCUUUCCUAAUAUUCCUCCCUCCCCGCUGCCUGGACCUUGAGUGUAAGAGCCAAACAGGCACACUGUGGCCCAUUGACCAGCAUUCACCCCAUUGUGUCUGCCAGGUCAAAGGGCACCCCACCCCCACCCCCAGCACCUGCAAGCCAUGCCUGACAACAGUGACCAAGGGAUGCCCACAACCCAACACUGCCUUAGGUACAUGUUCUGUUCUUUCUGAAAUUUUCUCACCUGUCCAGACUACAUGCCAGCUAACCAAACUGAAGGAACACCACUCCAAGAAACAUCACCCUACAGUGUGGAGUCAGUAAAAAAAGAGAAGACCAGGAGCCAAUUACAGUCUCCAAAAAAAAUCCUACUCAGCCCCUGGAAAACAGAUGAUUAGCCUGUAGGCCCACGCUGCAAAAUGGAGGGAGGGUGCUGAAUAAAGAAGAGGCAAGCGUGCAGGGUGGAGUAGGCCUAAAUAGGCUGUCACCACCUCUCUCCCCAUUGGGCAGAAUUUCCCUCGGACCAUUGUCCUCCCCUAGGGAGAUACCACCUCUCUUCUUUUUCCAGGGGAGGAGGAUUGUGGCAAAUUCAUCCCUGCCGUAAAUGGCGUGAACGGCAGUCUUAUUUCAUAUGGGCUCAUAGUUUGUCUAGCAUCUCUGGUAACUUGUUCUUUUAGAUUUGAACCUCACAGGCCUUCCUUCCUAGCACAGCAUUAAGCCCAUUCUUGUCUAUCACCUGCAGUUCCUCUUUAUACAUGAUAUCAAGUUUCAGAUAAGGCUCUGUAUCCAAUCUACAGAGUUUGCAGCCUCUGAAGCAGCUGAUUAAACAAUUUGUGCAACAUGCUGUAAUUGCCUAAAUAGCUCAUAAUGCUACAAUAUCAAUUUGGUUUCAGCGUUGGGUAGCUGCCAAGGAAAUAUCUAGUAUGACAACUUGCACAAUCUCUUUUUGAUACAGCUAUGAAGGUCAAAUUACCUGAAGCAACAGAAUACAUUCAGUUUUUAUGGCAUCACAUUUCUUAUUGUUUUGGAAGAAAAAGCUGUGUUCUCAAAAUGGUGCAUUGUCUCUGGGCAUACCACCCUCCAAUAUCUCUGAGGGACAACUAACUAGAUAUUGUAACCCUGAGCAGUGAAGCUAGAAAGUGGCUUAAGUUUUUUCUUGACCUGUGUGGCCUUUACCACUAAAUAUCGUGUUCCCUAGACCUAUGCAAAUAUUUGGACUGUUUACACUGUUAUACAGUGGUUCCGCUCCUUUCUCCUGGGCUGUGUCCAGAAAGUAGUUUUGGGGGAUGAGUGUUCAGACCCCUGGGGCUCUCAUUUGUGGGGUGCCUCAGGGUUCCGUCCUCUCCCCCAUGCUUUUUAAUAUCUAUAUGAAGCCGCUGGGAGAGAUCAUCAGGGGGUUUGGGCUGGGUGUUCAUCAGUAUGCAGAUGAUACCCAGCUCUACCUCUCUUUUAAAUUAGAACCAGUGAAGGCGGUGAAGGUCCUGUGUGAGUGCUUGGAGGCAGUUGGAGGAUGGGUGGCAGCUAACAGGUUGAGGUUGAAUCCUGACAAGACAGAAGUAUUGUUUUGGGGGGGCGGGGCAGGGCGGGCAGGUGUGGGGGACUCCCAGGUCCUGAAUGAGGCAACUGUGCCCCUGAGGGAGCAGGUACACAGCCUGGGAGUCGUUUUGGACUCACAGCUGUCUAUGGAGGUGCAGGUCAAUUCUGUGUCCAGGGCAGCUGUCUAUCAGCUCCAUCUGGUAUGCAGGCUGAGACCCUACCUGCCCACAGACUGUCUCGCCAAAGUGGUGCAUGCUCUAGUUGUGGGUCGAGGACCCGACCCCUGCGAUGUGAAAUGAAUACACAAGGACACGUGAUAUAAGGUUAAUGGGCAUGGAAAGGCCACAACUUUAUUGAUUACAGCAGUGAAAAGGUAUUGGCUUAGGCAUUGGAUCUCUAAAACACGUGGGUUUAUUCACCAGUAGGUGGAGCCUGUUGAUGCUAAUCCAACUAUAGGCUCCCCUGAUGUCACCGAGGGUCGUGCCAUGGCCUCCCGCCAAGCAGGCAUCGGACAGAACACACGACCACCAGAUUCCUUUAACGGAAUACCCAAAAAUUGAAGGCAUAGGCGAUGGCCACACCUAGCCCUUCGACACACCACAACACAUUAUUCCAAUGCCUAACCGACCCACCAAUACCACAAAAGUUGUGACGAUUGCUACGAGGUAGGCGAAAAAACCAAAAAGCCUAAUGCCAAAUGGAAAAACUCCUACCAGGCCCCCUGGACAACCAGGGCGACCAACCUAAGGUCCAUAGCAAGGCCAAUGACCUAAGCCCUAACUCUAAGGGAGUGGAGGGUGGGUGACUCGCGACGAGACGACGGCGAAGAAUGAGGCCAGGGAGAGGCUGGCACCGCAGCAUAAGGCUGCUGAACACGCCCCCUCCGAGGCACCUGGUUGGAUGCCUGCAGAGGGGGCAUGGGCGCCAGCCAGGUGAGGUGGAGGCAGGGGGCAUCCGCCCCCUGCUAGGGGCGGUGCUCGGGCUCCCGCCCACAACCACUCCCCUCUCUUCCAGGGAGGAGAGUCUUUAUCUCCCACUUGGACUACUGCAAUGUGCUCUACGUGGGGCUACCUUUGAAGGUGACCCAGAAACUGGAACUAAUCCAGAAUGCAGCAGCUAGACUGGUGACUGGAAGUGGCUGCCAAGAUCAUAUAACAUCGGUCCUGAAAGGCCUACAUUGGCUCCCAGUACGUUUCCGAGCACAAUUCAAAGUGUUGGUGCUGACCUUUAAAGCCCUAAAUGGCCUCGGCCCAUCCCCAUCGUUCAGCCCAGACACUGAGGUCCAGCACCAAGGGCCUUCUGGCGGUUCCCUCAUUGAGAGAAGUGAGGUUACAGGCAACUAGGCAGAGGGCCAUCUCGGUAGUGGUGCCCACCCUGUGGAACGCCCUCCCAUUAAGGAAAUAAACAACUAUCUGACUUUUAGAAGACAUCUGAAGGCAGCCCUCUUUAGGGAAGUUUUUAACAUUUGAUGUUUUAUUGUGUUUUUAAUGUUCUGUUGAAAGCCGCCCAGAGUGGCUGGGGAAACCCAGCCAGAUGGGCAGAGUAGAAAUAAUAAAUUAUGAUGAUGAUUGAAAAUAGGCUCUGCCUCCAACAUACACCAUGUUCAGCUGAAUGUCUGCAUGGACUCUACAUACUUAAUACCGAAUGUGCCAUAGACAUUGACCAGGAGAAUCUACAUAGAACACUGCUUUUCCAGAGUUCCCAACUCCUGCAUGACUUUAGUUCAACACAGAGACAAUUUAGAACCCCAAAACAAUCUGUCAAAGUUAGAGAAAUGAAAGGAAGAAUCAAAGACAUGUGAAACUGUUCAGUUGAGCAAUUUCAGUGCUAUCUUAUUAACAGAAUUUUGCUGACUGACAGUGAGUAAGAACAGAGAUCAAAGUACUUGAUGCCAAGUUCAAUAUCUCAGCUGAAACCCAGUAAUCAGAUUGUUUAUAUUGUGCUGACUGUUCUAAUGACCCCAAUGCUAUUAAAUCCAAGUUUCAGGCAAAGUAAUGCAAUAAGCAGAAUGUUGGGGCUUUGAAAGGAGAUCUAAGCUUGGGGAAAUUGCUUUCUAGCUGUGAACAAAAGAGGCUUACCCUCUCUAGUUCCUUCAUUGUGCAUCACAUAAUUUUUUGUUUGUCUCUGUAUAUUCUAGUGAACUGCAAAGUUUAUUGUGCUUAUGCUUUCAAGAAAGUGCUUGACUUGCAAGUUAGCCUGUAAAUAAAAAGGGUCUGAUUUGAUCAUGGACUAAACUGAUCUGAACUCAAAGAAAAAACAACUGCAUGGGGCUGGCCUGUCCACUUGCCAAAAGAAGCAUUUGUUAAGUAUACUGAUGAGGGUGCCUCAUAAGUAAGUAAAACAGGGUGUCAUCCUACUAAAUCAUACUCUGAAUAGACCUAUUGAAAUGAAUGGACAAAACUAACUUAGGUUCAUUAAUUACAGCAGGUCAGUCCUAUAUGGAGUACAUACAUUGGGCUGUAUUUAACUAAGUUUUACUCAUAGUAGGACUCAUUGAAGUAACUGACCUUAGUUGCUCUUAUCCAUUAAUUUCAAUGGGACUACUCUGACUAUGACCUAUUCUGAAUAGUUGCAGAAAUAUCUGUGACCAGCCUUACCAAAUAGGUACCAGUAAUUGUAGCUGAACACAAGCUGGUUUCCCCAGUGUAUAUCUAAAGUGGGUACAUUAUCUAAUUGGACAUAAACUCAAUGGCUCCACAGUGAACGGUUAUUUGAUUAUCAAUUAUUUUGCUUUCUGUGAUUUGACUAUGUAAAGCUUUUCACCACUGUGGUGGUUGAGAGAGUGUAGCUUCCCAGUUCACCUUAUUUUUUAGAGGUGUUUUUAAUGUCUCACUUGAGCAGCAGAUAUUCUGUUAAGUAUGAUUUAGUUGUGAAAUUACUUCGGAGUUCCAAAUUAGGCCUGAAGUGGCUGUUCUCUAGAGUGCUUAGAAGAGAAAACAAUCUGGAGGAAAGUCUUCUGCAUGAAACUGUCUUUAAACGUUUUGAGACAUUUAAGUGUUGUAUACUGUCUGACUGUGCUUUUUAGAAAACACUUCUAUUUUUAUCUGUGGGCAAAACUGUCUUGGAUGUUCAGAACAAGCUGGGGGACACACACACAAAUGAACUGCACUUCCUCCCACACUUGUUUAGCAUCUCCUUGGCUGUCUCUGUGUGCUUCCCUUUCCUUGGAGAAGUGAAUGCAUUACUCAUGUAGGGACAGAAAGCAGACAGAUUUCCUUACAGAGGUAGAUGCCUGGGAGCCGUGACAUUCUCAAGAAGCGUGGGAAGAGGAAGGACCACUGGUUUGUAUUCUCCCCCGCCCCCCAGGCUGCUUUGGAAAGUAUGAAGCAGCUCUCUGACCCUGACCUUGGAUGGUUUGGAAAGAUGAAAUUCCAGACGGGCUCUUAAUCCAAAGGGGGGGGGGGAGGUGGAGGAGAGGAAAUGCUUGUUCUUGGCCCCAAAAUCAAGCAUCUUAGUUUUUGCAAAUGGUUUUUAGUCUAAUUCAUUAAUGUCCCAGUCUUUGGGUCUCAUGCUUGAAAAGCUGCUUCUAAAAGUGCCAUUCAGUAUGCCUUUUGAGGCCUUCCUUGACCUCAUUUCACCACCUGUUUGGGGUUGGUGAAGGAGUUUGCAGCCACUAAUAGGUCACAGGUGCUAAGAAUAAGGCCCUGUGGUAUAACAGAAGAAGCUGGUAUUGGAUGAGCCAUGGAGCUCAUUUAGCCAUGGAGGCAAAUGGGCAAGCAAAAGGCGCAAAGAGGAAGCUUCCAAUCAAAGGGAUGAAUGGAGAAGAUGAUUGUUGAGUUAAAAUUGUAGAAAAUAUUGGCCAAGGGAAUGAAUGGAUAUUGUCAGAUCACAUGUGUAUAUACUUCACUAACCAAACCUUCUCUCAAGUUCCCUUCAUAUACAGCAAUAUCAAUUACAGUUUUAUAUUUUAUAACUGCACAAAGUUCAUCUUUAAAGGUGAGCCUAACUGAGAGAACCCGUGUAAUGUUCAUCAUAUUUUAUCUUUCUGAUGUUUUCGGUAGAUAAAUGAUUGAAUCUAAAAUUCUGAUUGAUGAAAGAUGAACCACCAGGAAUCCAACAGGCCAAAAUCUGAGCUUGGUUAAUAAUUAUGAUUGCUGACAUUUCAGUCAGACAGUAAUUUGAAUACAGAUUAUUCUGUGAUAGGGAAGCAGUCUUUGCAGAUUAAAUUUCCAUUGUAAAAGCCCUUAGAAGCCAGUCUUUAAGGGGAUGCAAUUUUAUAGCAGGUUGCCAUAGUUACUUAUGAAGGCUUACUGCAUUUCCCUUGCUUCACCUCUGUCUAAAUGUUGCAGUGCCCUUUGUGCAAAUAAGAUCAAUCCUUGUCAAUUCUUAGUUGUUUUUAUUAAUUUUGCUACCACUGCAACUCUUGGAGAAAUUUGAGUUAAAGCUGCUGAGUUGCCACAGGGCACACAAUGGCUAAAUUCGGACAUCAUGCCAAGCCAUGGUUUACUGUGCAAAUUAUGGAUCUAUAGGGUAAUGCAAUGAAGAAAGUAACAUUUUGUAGCACUGUAACUGGAACUAACAAAAAUAAAAGCAGUUAAGAGAGUAUGCAGUGAGAUACUGCAUAGAACUUCAGCACAGAAUAUUUUUAUGUGAUUGCUUCACUGUUCUUCAUAAAAUUGCAUGUUUAACUUCCAUUUGCGGAACUGAAGCUGAGAGAGGUAUUCUCAAUAUAUUGCUAAAUAUCAACCAUAAAACAAUAAAAAUAUGCCAGAGAGCAUGUGCCCUAAUAUUGUGCAUGUGUGAAAAUAUUAUUAGGGUUAGGUAUGGGAGAUGCCUUUAGUUUCCUGCCAUGUAAUAUAUUAGAAUGAUUAUUCUCCUUCAAAUGGAUAAGAAAGGUGGCAUAGCUAGGAAGUGCUCUCAUUUGUCACGCUGCAUCAUUGGCAUCCAAAGACCUUCCCAAGCACUUGCCCUGAAUUAUGUACAAUAAGGGCAUAAGAAGAGCCUGCAAGAUCAGGCCAAGGUCCCAUAUAGUCCAGCUUUCUGUUCCCACAGUGGCCAAUGAGAUGCCCAUGCAAAAGCCUGUAAGCAGGACAUGAGUGAGAGAAUGAUGUAUUCUCAAGUGAACACCAUCUGAUGAACAAUUGACUUUGUCCAUCCAUGGCAAUAGUAUUCCAGAAUUCAUAAUGGCAUUUUAACACUGGCUAAGGAGCACUUCACUAUUCAGUCUUUGUAAUUGGGCGGUUUAAACCUCUGAAAUAUUUAAUGAAAUCCAUUUUCAAGGUUGACUCUUAUUUCAUGUAGCUGGGAGUACUUUGCGUGGUGGAGGGACGCACAUAAUGCAUCCUUCUGUUUGCUCUUUAGGUCUAUCAGCAGCCAAGUUGCUGUUUGACUCGGGAUUGAGUGUUGUGGUCCUGGAAGCCCGUGACAGGGUUGGAGGCAGAACAUUCACAGUCAGAGUAAGUAUUCCUGUCUUAUCUCUUUUAUUCAUUCAUUCACAAAGCAUCACAAAAUGAUGCUCAAAUUGGCUCACAACAAAGUGCAUUUCAAAAUCAAACAUUGCAAACUAUUUCAUAAUAACAUAAUAAAACAACAACACAAUAGCAAAUAUUGCAUCUCCAUUCUUAUAAGCACUUGAGUGUUAUAAUUGGUAGAGGGGAUUCUCUUGGUAGUUCCACCACCCUCUAAAGGGUUAAGAAUAGUGGCCUUUGAGAGGAUUUUGUCUGUUGCAGCUCCUAAAUUGCUUGGGGAGGCCCCGGGCCCCGCAGUUCUCAGAAAUAGACACACAGACACAAAUAGGUUGGUUUAAUGAGAUCGAUUAGGUCACAACUUUAUUGGUUGCAGAUGUGAGCAGUUUGACUUAGGCAUUUGGGUGAAGCCAGACUAUAUCCUGACUCCUGCCCGUCUGCAGGAAGUCUCAAAAGGGUCAACAACCAAUAAGGGGAGCCAUCAGGGGUAGGCAACCUAAGGCCCGGGGGCCUUCUCAAUCCGGCCCGUGGAUGGUCCGGGAAUCAGUGUGUUUUUACAUGAGUAGAAUGUGCCCUAUUAUUUAAAAUGCAUCACCAGGUUAUUUGUAGGGCCUGCCUGGUGUUUUUACAUGAAUAGAAUGUGUCCUUUUAUUUAAAAUGCAUCUCUGGGUUAUUUGUGGGGCAUAGGAUUUUGUUCAUAUUUCUUUCCCAAAUAUAGUCCAGCCCCCCACAUGGUCCGAGGGAUGGUGGACCGGCCCACAGCUGAAAAAGGUUGCUGACCCCUGAUAUACAUCAAUUAAGAGGUCACCGAUGGAGUCGUGGCAUGGCCCUAGCCCACGCCCAGGCUUCAGACAGGAUCCACACACCCUGGAUCCCUUUAAUGGGAUACCCUUAAUGAGGAGGGGCAGCUGCUAAAUUGUCAGAUUCCCUGUCCCCACAUGGGAGUGUCUAGCAUCUUCACUGCAGAGCCUUCAUCGUAUGAUGCACCUCUUUACUCUGCCAUUCACUCUUUUCCCUGCCACGAAAGAAUUUUGUUUUGUGGGACCCAUCUCCUUUGAUGUAUCUGUAUCGUUUUGCUCUGACUGGAAUGGUUUUGCACGUGUUAAAAGUUGUAUAUGAUUUCUAUUGCUUUGACCCACCCUGGGACCUUAUGGUGAAAGGUAAGUAGCAGAACUUAUAAAUAUUUUGAAUCGUUUUUUAAAAAACAUUUUCAUCCCAUGGCACAGAAUUGAGGGCAAAAAUGGAGAAUCACAAGUUUUGUUUGAUAGCCAUUUGCCAAGAACGUUUCCUUUGUUCCCUUCUCUGCCAGAAUAAGCAUGUCAAAUAUGUGGACCUAGGAGGGGCAUACGUGGGGCCAACACAAAACCGUGUCUUGCGACUAUCUAAGGAGCUGGGACUAGAGACCUAUAAAGUGAAUGAAGUAGAACAUCUCAUUCACCAUGUCAAGGUAUGACCAGAACUUUUUUUCUGAAUGUGUAUGCUUUUGGAAUUAGGAUGGUGGCUCAUAACAUCUUCAUUGGGAUGCUUCUGUUACCAAGUUCUCCGGUUCACCUGAAUACUCAGGGGUGCCAUAAGUUUUGAAGGAAAAUAGGCAUUAAGUGUUCUUCCGCAGCAUUCCAUAAUCCCUAAAUAGGUUAAAGAUCAAUGUUUAAGCCUAACUGGGGCUAUGUAUAAUCAUUCUUUCUGCAAGAAGUUGGGAGUUUGACUGGAUCAAGUGAUCUAAUCUGAUUGUGGAAUCAAAACAAUUUGAUGGAUUAUUGCAGUAUUAAAUAAUAUCAUUAACUGUAGCAAUACCCUGUUGAAAUUUGAUCAGGUAUAUAACCAAGAUGCAGAUUUAAGCAAUGAGGUGGCUGUUAUUUCCUGGGUUUUGAAGUGUUUAAUGCCUUCUAAAGAGAUAUGCAAAAUUCUGUUAGAUGCAGAGUUUCAGGCAGUUCAAACAUGGGGGCAUCAUCUAGUUGGGAUAUUUGCAGUAAAGGGUAGCAAUAUUAUUAUUUUGUGUCCCUUCCUCUCAGUGCUGUGAAAGUGUAGUUUCCCAGUAGCAGCUCUGCUGUAUCUGAGAGAGUCUUGGAAGAAAACCUAACUGGUCUUUUCUUAGAUGAAUGCCCAGUGGCAGACCUGGUUAUACUGGGAAAUUUUAAUGCCUGGAUAGCUUUCUAAUUAUGUCUCAAAGGCCACCCCAGCAUAUAAUGCUAAAUGAUUAAGCAUGGGCCAGCCUGAUUACUCUAUUACAAAUUCAGUUUCAUUUUCUUGAAUGGGGAAAGGUUAAUGAUGAGCGCCUGGACCGUUUUACCUGUAUGUCAGACAAGGGCGAAAAUAUUAAUCAUCAUGUUAUUACAUUACAUUGUAUUUGGCAGUGUCUCACUAACUUUUACAGUUGCAAUAAGGGCAGAUAGUGAUAAUCCUUGAACGGAAAUGGUUUAUAAACCCUCUGGCUUCCCAGAUAUUGCAAAUGUUGCCCAAGGUAGAAGUAGACAGAUGGACUCACGUUUGAACUGGUCAUUCACUUUUGCGUUGAGUGUUCAGGCCUGUGGUUGGAGCAGAAUGCUUGCUGUAAGGAAGGAAUAUUGAAUCUAGAUCUUGUGCAUCAAAGAAGCAACAGGAGCCUGCAAAUAUGGUGGGCAAGUUCAAAAUUCAAAAUGUGAAGUUCAGCCGUCCAUUUGCCCCCAAAUAGCUCUUUCAUUCAUGUUCCUGUUUCUUACUCUACUGCCUAAUCUGCACAUUUCUCUUAGUCCCAUUGUGUCUAGGUCUGGUGUCCCUUGGCUCCCCUUCCUUUUAGUCUGGCCCACAAAACUACUUCUCUUCCUGGGACCUGUGGGUCAGUAUUUAAUCCCAGGCAGGCAGACAACUUUCCAUUCUGACAGUUUAGUUCUCUGAGCAGUUGGAAUAUUUGUGAACAUUCGAGCCAAUUGGUAUCUGAGGCUUUGCUGCCUUGAGCACAAUCCAGUAUAGAUUAGGUUAUAGCAGUUCUUUCCUUUAGGUGGAAUGACAAAAGCUAAAUAUCACUCAAAGUAACAAACAAAACAGCGUCUACCAAAAGGUCAAUAUAUGUUGAUAGGAGCAAAGAGUUAUUAGGGAGAACUAUGAUCAGUCUAUGUUUUCCAAGCAAAAACCACUAUAACAUACAUAAUGGUAUAUUACAGGUAAGAUGUUUGUUUAAGUAAAUGUUCUAUGCAUACCCCAGUGCAUUUAAGUACAUUUACCAUUUAAGCUCCAUCAUUACCACAUCAGCAGGCCAGGAAUUACUGGCUUGGUAAUACUAUGUGUAGGCCCAUCGACAUGUAGCAAGUGCAUGAUGGGAUAUGUGUGGGAUGUUAAGCAUUCUACAUGGGGCUGGCUUUAUGUGUUUUGGCCCUUAAGUGAUGUUUUAUUGGUGUACUAAUCAAUAAAUAUGAGACAAAUUAUUGAAAAGUGUUGUUUGCUAACUGGCACCAAGGCAUUGUAAUCAAUGGAUUGCACCUAGGAGACGUGGGCUUCAUUUCUAGUUCAGAUAUGAGAGUGUCGUUCACCAUAUUAAGCUUACUUUACAUCUGUAUAACUGGAAUAAUAAUUACCUUACUUAUUUUUAAAAAUAACAAGGGUUUUGCAGGAUUUUGCAUACCUGCAAAAUGUUUUUUCUAAAAAAAAAAGUUUAGGGGUACUCUCAUUUUGACUCAAGAAAAUCACCAUUUUAUAGUUCAAAUCUGGGAAAAUAAAUACAGUAAAUGGACAAAACCUCAAAGAUCCACAAAAUGUUUAGGGGUAUGUGUACCCCUGCGUACCCACAGAGAAAAGUACUGCUUGUCUGACAAUCCAAUAUGGGAAUGAUGUCAUACUUUCAGAUUAAAACAUUAGUGGAUGCUUUUUGCAAGAAAUAUAAAGGAUUCACCUCAACGUUAUCUUUGAAAGUUUUAAUGAGGGUCUUGUAAAAGCAGUGCAUUUUUCUGGGGGUAUUCAAGGGUAUGCAACCAGCACCUUUCCCCCCAUAUGUUAAAAGUGUGGCACUCACUGUAAUAACUUCAUGGUGGGUACCAGCACUAUUUUUCUCAUUAAAAAGCACUGUAUAAAAAUAUUUCUGUUUCUUUUCUGAUGGUGAAUACUUGAGAGUUGAUUAAGUUCACUAACUGAGGUGCUUCAUUAAUUCAAGGAGUAUGAAUUACUUCUAAUACCAAUUAACAAAAUAAUUUCAGACCAGGAUGGACUGUAUGUUAGAAAAUAAUUAUUAUGCUAUGGAAUAAGCGACUGAGUGGAGGCAAAUAGUGUGAGUGUGAUUUUUCUUAAGAGAUUAUUCUCUCUCUCCCUCUCAUUCACACACACAAACACAGCACACAACACAUUUUUUUAUUCAGAGAAGGCUUCUUCAGAUAAUUAAAAUGUACAUAGUGGUGUGUGUGUGACAAGACAUUUGUGUCACUCAGCUAAUGAAGUCAUGGUCCCUAUCCAGUGGGAGGUGCUUGUGAUGGUGAUAUUCACACAACCACAUUCUGCUCUGCCCUCACAGGAAUCCUAGUGGGGAGAAAUAAUCAAGCAACAAAGCAUUGGAGGGAAGAUACCUGGUUCCAAUGCAACAAAUAAGUUACAGCUGCACAAUUGUUUUUAUAAGACUGAUCUUCUGGGUAUGGUAUGCUUGGGUAUGGUGUAUCUGUGUUCUUGCUUAGCCCAUUGUAGUCUGGAGAAGAUGGGCUACUCUGGUCGCAGUACAGUGGUGCCUCGCAAGACGAAAAGAAUCCGUUCUGUGAGUCUCUUCGUCUAGCGGUUUUUUCGUCUUGCGAAGCAAGCCCAUUGAUGGAUUAGCGGAUUAGCGCUAUUAGCGGCUUUUAGCGGCUUUUAGCGGCUUUUAGCGGCUUUUAGCGGCUUUUAGCGGCUUUUAGCGGCUUAGUGGAUAAGCGGAUAAGCGGCUUAGCGGCUUAGAAAAAGGGGGGGGAAGGAAAAAAACCCCGCAGGAACUCGCAAGACAUUUUCGUCUUGCGAAGCAAGCCCAUAGGAGAUUCGUUUUGCGAAGCACCUCCAAAACGGAAAACUCUUUCGUCUAGCGAGUUUUCCGUCUUGCGAGGCAUUCGUCUUGCGGGGCACCACUGUAUUUAGAUUUGGAAAACUUAUUUGCAGAGGGUUGGACUAUGAUGAUUCUCUGCUGGAGAUUUGGCCAUUUGAUGUCUCCUAUGCUCCACCUAUGUAGUUGUAAGUAAAUUCGUACAUCACAAAAUGGCAAAAGUCACCAGUGGGCUCCUCCAAAGGAAACCAAAUGCAGGCAAUUGCUUGCUGCUCAGAGAAGUGGGGUGAGGAAAGCAAUAUAAUUUUACAUACACUUUCAUGAAUAUGAAUAGGGCAUGUGGUAGUCUGGGGACUUUUGAAAUAAAAAUAUGGGUUUUUUUGCCUUCUGCACCCUUCCACCUACCUUACCAUGGGGGGAAAUUAACACCUCAAUCAGUUCAAAAUGUAUUCUUCAACAGGUGAUGAAUAUCUUAUCUGCAAACAUGUAUAUAUUUCUUAAUUAAGAGGGUAGGUUAUUAUUUUCUCUAAGUUUCCGCUUCCCUUCCUCUUUUGGUUCCCAUAAAAUAUUAACCAAAGCCACAAAUCUGUCUCUAUGUAAAGUGCAUAGCCUACCUUCUUCCUUGGCUCUAACCAUUGAAUUACAACUUUGCAAGUCUCUCUCAAGCCUUGUUCAUUUUCAUUCCUGCUCUGGAACUGUUUAUUAAAAUGUUGUUUGCCGUCUUCUUGUUUAUGAAUAAAAUAUGCAAAGCAGCUGGAGCAUUCAGACUUAAUUAGCCCCAAAGUACAUGAUUGCUGUAUUGGAACACAUUCAAUUUUGUGGCAUCUCUUUUAUGGCUGGAGAUACAUGUGUAAGAGUUAAAUACUCUGAUUUAUUCUCAUCCUUGACAUGCUCCACAAAAUAAAUGGCCAUUUCCAUGUGCAGAGAUCAGAGUAGAACAGCUUAAAUGGAUUUUAAAUGACUGGGUGAAAUUGCUUUCGUUUUUCAUUUUCAAACUUUUCUUUGGAGACCUGUUCUAAUUAAAGCAUAAAUAUUAGAGUCAAGAUGACUUAAGAUGUUGUCAUCCUUCUCAGGUUUUCCCCAGCCACUGGAACAUGGGCUAAGGCCUUUUCUAAAAGCUGAAAAUAAGAGCAUAUAAAAAGAAUUAUGCAGGGUCCGACCAGAGUCCCAUCCUGUCCCCACAGUGGCCAGACAGAUAUCAGAAAGAGCUUCCCCACUUGAUACUCAGGUAUUCAGAGGCACACUGAUAUGAGAGGUAGUAAAGGUAAAGGUAAAGGUACCCCUGACUGUUAGGUCCAGUCAUGGACGACUCUGGGGUUGCGCGCUCAUCUCGCUCUAUAGGCCAAGGGAGCCGGCGUUUGUCCGCAGACAGCUUCUGGGUCAUGUGGCCAGCAUGACAAAGCCGCUUCUGGCGAACCAGAGCAGCGCACGGAAACACCGUUUACCUUCCUGCUGGAGUGGUACCUAUUUAUCUACUUGCACUUGACGUGCUUUUGAACUGCUAGAUGGGCAGGCGCUGGGACUGAGCAAUGGGAGCUCACCCCAUUGCGGGGAUUCGAACUGCCGACCUUCCGAUCGGCAAGCCCUAGGCUCUGUGGUUUAGACCACAGUGCCACCUGCUCCAGCCAUACACCAUGAAAUAAAAAUUUUAAGAUGUUCAACCUCAUCAGCCCCUCCCCAUUUCUCUCUGGGAAUAGAUCACCCAGGGGUAUCUAAGGUGGUUUUCAUUCCACAAACAGUGCUAGACAGAUAAAAUUCUUGUAAGACAUUCCAAGAACUUGUAUUUUUUCCAGUAAAGUAGAACAUAUUAUUUCAGGUCAUCCAAUUUGUCUUUUCCAAUACUGUGUACUUUUUCAAGCAGGCCAGGUUUGCUAUUCCUUGUCUCCAUGGUUUUGCUUUUACUACUUUCCUUUGAAUUCAAUUUCUAAAGACUUUAAGCUAAUAAAAAAAUGUAUCUGCUUUUUAUGUGCUGUAUGUACAGUUGAUAUUUCUAGCCUCUCAGGGGUUUUUCUUAAAGAAAUAGCUGCAAAGGCAAUGAAUUAUAACAGCUGCACACUUUACAUAUGCUGGCUACCUUUCACCAAAGAUUAUUGUUAAAGACACUAAAUAAAAUGAGACAUAACACUGAUCCACAAAAUCUCUCCUAUCAAAUGAUUCCUGUUGUGAUCAAUCUAUUAACAUUCUAAAUCAUAUUAUCUUGCUUGUGUAGCAGUUCAUUUCAAUUAAUUUGCCAGUUUAACUGGACACUUAAUCAAAUACUUAUUAAAAUUUGAUAUUACAUGCACACAAGCAGCAUAAUCUACAAUCCAAUUAAGACAAAAGCGGGUGGCAGUUUGGCUGUUUUGAUGGAAGCCUUUAAGGUAUAAGGUACGGAUUGGCUCAGAGUUUUCCAUCUUAGGAAACUCUUAGCGAGUGUGGUACAAGUCUGAGCUGCGCCUAUCAUUGCCAUUUGGAAAGCUCAUCCAAAGAUGGUCUGUAGGAGGUUCAAGAAAGGCAGUUGAGGAGUAAUGGAGGACUUUCUUUCUCCUGCCCUGGUUGGCUGCCUACAUGUAUGAUUCAAAGAUGAAUUAUUUGCAUCAACUUGGACAGAAUGUGUUUUUUUUUUAAUGGCAGUCUCAAGGAUUUGUUUUGUAUAUUCAUUUGAGAGAUCUGUUCUCUAAAACGGAUCUUCUAUAUUGAAUUGCAUCCUUUUUUCAAUCAAAAUAGAGGAAAAUAAGCAAAUGGAUUUGAGUGGUGUUUUUUUCUUGCUUCUUCUGUUUUGCAGGGCAAAUCUUAUCCGUUCAAAGGCCCUUUCCCUCCAAUGUGGAAUCCGAUUGCCUAUUUGGAUUACAACAAUUUGUGGAGGACAAUGGAUGAAAUGGGGAAGGAGGUAAACGCCAGCUUAUUGUCCAGACUGGUGACAUCUAUCAGAACCCUUUCAUUUGAGCUUCAGUGCCCAUAAGCCAUGGGUAGGCAAACUAAGGCCCGGGGGCUGGAUCCGGCCCAAUCGCCUUCUAAAUCUGGCCCACAGAUGGUCCGGUAAUCAGUGUGUUUUUACAUGAGUAGAAUGCGUGCUUUUAUUUAAAAUGCAUCUCUGGGUUAUUUGUGGGGCAUAGGAAUUCAUUCAUCCCCCCCCAAAAAAAUAUAGUCCUGCCCCCCCCAAGGUCUGAGGGACAGUGGACCGGCCCCCUGCUGAAAAUGUUUGCUGACCCCUGCAGCCCUCCAUCCUGCUCCAGAAUACUCUUUUCUCUCUCACACCCCUUUGCAGUACAAAUUUGCCUUUGACCCCUUUCCUGCACUGCUGGAUUGGUAUUUUUCUGCUAUCUGGAAGUGGUCAAGUCACUUACAGGGAAGCAGACAUACAAAUCUAAUUUCAAGAUAAAGAAAUAAUCAAGAUAACCCUUUGAGGGGGGGUUUGUAAUAAAAACAAUCAAAAUUAACAAACAAUAAAUACUGCAAUCCUAUGCAGCAUUUAUUUGUAGGUCUUUGUUUGUAGGUCUCAUUGAACUAUGUAGGACUAAAUAAAUAUAUAGGCUAUAAAUAGCAUAAGAAUUCCAAAAAUUCACAAAUAAAGCAAGACAAAUAAAAGCCAAUCCAUUUCAUAGUUCUAAAUGGCUUAUUCCAAAACAAAAACCCAGAAUGAGUCUUCAUGUUUAGCAAUAAAUGAAUGGGCUCCUAUCGCCCCUCUCCUGCUCCAGUGUCCUCUUCCAUUUCACCUAACCACAGCUUGAUGUUAGGUCUGGACUAGGAAGUGUAGUUAGUUUUUUAAAUUAUGGUUUAUCUGAACGAGCAAGGUCCAUAAGACAUGGUUGGAAGUUGGCUUGUUAGGAUAAAUCAAAGUUCAAACUAAACAGCAUUUAUCUACUUUGGAUAUAAUGGCAGGCCAUAUUCAAUUGAAAUUGGAGAAAAUGCUUUUUAUCUCUUUCUUGCAGCCUCACUAGAGGUGACUGCCUGUGCCCAUUAUGCACAUGAUGCUCAGUUCAGUAUUCCAUCCAUAGCAUUGUGUCCAUACCUUCUCAAUGAGCUAUUUCGAACUUAUUCCCAAGUAAGGGUAUAUAACAUUGCAGACUUAAUAAUAGUUUAUUGUGUGGGAAACCCAAUUAAAAGAGUACAGGACUUAAUUAAUUUAAAAUAUGCUAUAUAGUAUUUUAAAAUUUUCAAUGAAAAAUCUGUCCAGCCCAUUGAACACUGCAGUUUGAUAGGCAGAAUAAAUUCCCAAAGCACAAAGGCUUUAUUUUCUUUUACUAAACUGGGAAGCAGAGGGCUUUGCAGAAGGUGAAAACUCUUUGGUGUCAUGGAUAAAUGAAACUUUAGUUUAUUUUUCUAGAGAAUCCUGUUAGUAUUCUGCUUCUAAAGUCUUAAGUAGUCUAGAAGUGAACUAGUAUGGCGCUCCUGUGGAGAAAGCAAUGGAGCAAGUGAAGAGAGUGAAUUAUUUCUACAUAGGAGAUCUGUGGCUUCUUUCUUGAGAUGUGACUCUCUUUCUCUCUUAGAUUCCCAAUGAAGCGCCAUGGAAGGCGCCCCAUGCAGAGGAAUGGGACAAAAUGACUAUGCAAGAAUUGAUAGACAAAGUGUGCUGGACAAAGUGAGAUGCAGUUUUAUACAUUCCAUAUUGAUAAGCUCAAUAGCAAUAGUACCUAGAGGAAACAUCUCUAUCCUAAGUUGAGAAGUAACGCUAUCUAUUUGCUACAAUAAUAUUAAUCUUUAUCAUAGUGAAUGAUGAAUUGUGUUCACAGUUGGGAGAUACAGUGAAAUAAUGUGCAUGUGGAAAUGUGUCUAUAUUGCUCUGACAGUGUGAUCAUACACAUGUCUACUCAUGUAAGCUCUGCUGAGUUUAGGAAGAGUAAAAAAAUAAAUAAACAAAACAGACUAGCAGUGGAAAACUCCAAACCCCCAAACAGCAAAGGACUUCAAAUGCUCCUAGAAAUAAAAAUGUUAUCUGCCACCAUAAAACUAGCAACAGGGAAAUAGAUUGGGGUUAAGCAACCCAUGGUUUACGAAGUAUGAUUUUGUACCAACUCCAAGCAGCCUUGGCCAGCAUGGACAAUGGCCAAGCAACAUCUGGAAAGCCACAGCCCUUUAAAAAAAAUAAUCUGGGAGCUGUUUAAUUUAUUUUCUCUUAGCAACUCUGGUCAAUUUGUUAGUCCCAUUUUCUACCAGAGGUCAUUUCUAAGAACUCUUCAGUGACAGCACCACACAAGCAACAUUCCAUCAGUGGUGGGGAGCCUACAAGCCAUGGGCUAAGGUGGUCUGCCCAUGUCUCCCUAUCUGGCCCAGAAGGUGCUCCUAGUUCUUCAUGAAAGUUUUAAAUUACCUGGUGUCAUAUGAUACCUGGUAAUUGACAGAUGGGUGCCCCUGCCAGCCUGUCGAAGUAGUUUGUGGAGGGUUGGAUCUUGCUCUCCCACUGGAUCCAGUUCACUGCCCCUACUUUAGUGUUAGGCUUUCUUGUUUUUCUGUUUCUGUUUCUGCAUUUGUUUUUCUAGCACUUAACACUUUUGUUUUUGCAGUGAGCAUUCCCAAGUUAAUGCUCAGCUGGGAGGGUUGUGAGACCUUCCACUCUUCUUCAGCUUCCGGGAGAAUGUGGUUUAGAUAAAAUGAAUUAAAACCAAUGGUUCCUACACAAACUGAGUCCUAUCCCAUAUUAAGCCCCAGGAAAGACCUUUGGGUGAACCUCAUUUCUCUCUCUCUUAUUAGAAGCCUAUCGAUGUGCAUGUUUCAUGUACUUCUAUGCAUUUGAUCUGCCUUUGUGAUCAAGAUUUAUGUUUUUUGAAAUGGCUUCCCUUCUCUAGGAUGCAAUGGAGCUGAAGGGUAAUCUCCAUUUUUCUUCCAUUCUGUUGACAAAUUGAACAAAUUUGUCAUUAUAUGGCAUUGCAUGCUGGAAUGAGAUGCAUGACAUAUAUUAGGUGCCUAGUUAGGUCUGGCAAGCUCUAAUGCAGCCAGAAAGCUAUGUGUGUUUGAUAAUUUCCUAUAAACUUUACAUAUUUCAAAUGAUGAAUCACACAAGGGCCAUACUACAUACAAAUAAAAUAGGAGCCAUCCAUUUCCCUGUAUAGUUAAUUCUAAAGGCAUGGAAGUAAAACCUUCCAGAGACAUGGAGUGCAUGCAUGCAGUCUCUACCAUGGCAUGUGUACACUGAUGUUCUAAAUGAGUGCUGUGCUAAUUUUCUCUCUCACUUUUUAAAUGUUCUCUAUCAAAUGUUAAGAAAUUGCAUUCAAAAAUAAUCAAAACCGAGAGAAGCUUUUGGUGAAAUUUUCAUGGAUAGGGUACAGGGUUUUUGUUGUGCUUACCUUGCUUUCAAGGUGGCCAAUGGGUGGGCUUGAGUGUCCUUUCUUUUAUUCUGCAAAUCAUCUCACCAGUAGUCUGCACUCUGCAGCCUGCCCAGGUACCCAUGCUUCAAUUAAAGCCUAGGGGAACACAUAAAAAUAUAACUCAUUCCAUGGAGCAUUUCAGAUCAGGAAUCAGGGGCAGCCAGGGAGGCUGCACAGUGGUGAAUAAAUGUUUUCUGGAAAGAUGCACACACCACUGCUCUCUUAAACUAUAAGGCAAGCUCAAAAUCCUACACCCACAGAAAUGCUGAAGUGCCCUGACAAUGAGGCAGGGAAAAACGACUCUUUUCACAGGGAAAUAAAACUCUGGAGAAAUAUUUUGGCACAGCACUAGUUCUGGAUUGAUUGGAACAUAAGAGCAAGAAGUCAAAGGAACAUGGGAAGCUAUUUAUAUCACUGGUCCAUCUAGCUCAGCAUUGACUAUCCCAGGGAUAGCCAAUCCAGCCCAAAGUGUUGCUGAAUUGCAACUCCCAUCAUCACUGAUCAUUGGGAUCAUCAUUGUUGUGGAUGUUGGGAGAUAGUCUAACAGCAUCGGGAGGACACUGUGUUGGCUACUCCUGGUCUAUGUUGAUUGGCAGCAGCUCUCUAGGGUUGCUCAUAUGAGUCUUUUCUAGCCUUACCUGGAUAUUCCCAGGAUUGUAAGCAUGCGACAGAUUGAAAGCAUGUGUUGUACCACUAACCUACUUAGGACUGAAGACUGCUGUUAUUUAGGACAAAACCCACAGCGCUGCAUGCGAUGCAUGGUGUGCUCAGAGGUGCUUCUGAGGACCCACUUCUGAAAUAUUGAACAAAUAUUUGGACAUGGGGGAGAUUUGGGAGGGUCUUUCAACAUUGUGCCAGAAACAGAAGAUUGAAAGAAACCAGGACUGUGCACUACUUAUGUGCCCUGUUUUGGUCUGAUGUCAGAUUCCAUGGAGAAGGAGGCAAGGCAGAUCAAAACUGGACCAUGGACAGCUCCAAGUGAGCAACUUGCUCCAACGAAGGUUGGGAGCGGACUGGGGUCUUUUAUGCCUCUGUUUCCAGACUGCUUCCUCCAGGUUCCGCUCCCUUGAGUGAGCUUUACUGAUUUAAAGACCCAACCCUCUGGCUUGUGCACAGUCACUUCUCACCUGUUCCAUAGCUUCCCUCCUGGUGCAUUGCCUGUGCUGCUGGACAGCUGAUGUUCACUGGGAGGCAACUGGUGCUUCAGGGUCAGGGGAAGGUGCCCAUGAGAGUACUAUAGGGAAGUUCCUCUGGGGCCUCCUGUCCAACCACCUCAUGUGCAAUGGUUUCCCUAUCUUCAGCAAUCAGCUCUGAGCCCUCCACUGACUCCCCAUCUGGUGCCCCUGUUGCCUCUGACUCUGUGUCCAGAUCCCUGAUGGUUACAGUGGUUAUAACAUUAAGGGGGAUUUUUGUAUCCUGUCCCCAUCCUUUGCCAAGAUGGUAGUACUGGAGCAUUCCUUGUUUCCUCUUAAUUUCUUAAAAUACUAAAUAUUAUCAAAAUACGAACAAGGGGAAAAUUUUGCCUCUAUUGCUUCCAGUUAUGGUUCUCUCAUAACAGAAUAUUAGUCUAUAUGCCAAAGAAAUAUUUAAUUCACUCCUUUGCUUUUCAAAUAUCAUGGAAAGAACUCUCAGCCUUUUUGGGUCACUUAUUUAUUGCCUUGUUUGUUUGAAGCAUUUCAAGAAGGUGAGGAACAGUAACAGAUUUAUAUGUGAAAACAUGUGAUAAAUAUUGCAUGCAGUUGCAGUGUUGCUAUUUCAGUGGUUGAUCAUUUAGAAAUAAUACUCUGCUGUCAAAAUCAUGCACAAAAAGAUCAAAAUGUCAGGCUUCCCUGGAGGCCAACACUUUCCUUAAGCACAGUGUGCUCUUUCAGGUAGGAACAAAUGGGGCAUGCUGGUUUCUGGAAAGAACUAAUCAGAAAAAAAUAACAUUGCCUGAAUAAUAUUUUCUCAUUGGUUUUCACUUAUUUGACAUUUUCUUGGCUCCCUUGGUUUAUAAAAGAAUUAAAAUUAUAAAGCUGUGGGUUUUUUAUUAAAAAAAAUUCCUUUCAAUACAUGAAUUAUUUGAUAGUCUCAAGUGGAAUAGUAAAUGAAAAGUUCAAAGGACCAUUCAACAGGGCAUUUAUAGCUAUGAUAGAAAUCUUUAGCUGCACUCCACUGGGGUGUGGGUGUGCAUAUAUAUACACACAUAUAGGUACAUACUGUAUGUAUACAUGUACAUGCAUGCGCGUGGACACACACAGCCAUUCAGUAGCUGUUGAACUUAGGACUGCCAAAGUGGAGCAUUCCCCUUCCCCAUGUUAAAGUGAUUAAUACCCAAGCCUGGUAAAGUUAUUUUGGCACCUGAGGCAGGAAAAACACCUCUUUCCCUCCCUAUAAAUUAACUAACCAUUUGCUGUCUUCUCAUGAUGUGCCCUGGAGAUAGUGGCAUAUCUUGUUUUUCUUUAAAUACUCAGCAGGCAUGGGUGUAUCCCAGUUCUUACUGGGAAGGCAUCUCACCCUCCCACCAUGAUUGGAACUGAGAUCCCCCACCACCACCGUUACAUGAAAAGGGAGAAUGGAGAUAUUAGCCACCCCUCCCUGUGCAUGCAGUAAGAGCUGUCCAGCAAGAAUCCUGCACCUCCACACCUAUAAUGAAGGUGGGGCAGGGGGGAGGCCAGACUCAACAUUUUCCCUCUCUCUUUUGGAUUUGUGUGCAGUGCUGCCAGGCGGUUUGCUACUCUGUUUGUCAAUGUCGAUGUUACCUCUGAGCCCCAUGAGGUCUCCGCUCUGUGGUUCCUGUGGUAUGUUAAACAGUGCGGUGGGACAUCCAGGAUAUUUUCAACAACCAAUGGAGGCCAGGUAUAGUGAACAAAUACCCCUCCUCCCCCGGUUAUUUGUGUUCAAUAAUUAUGGCAAUAAUUUCAGAUGUUCAGCUUGAUUGAGUGAGGGUUGAAUGUCCCCAGAGGGCAGAAUAUGCCCUCCAUGUUCUCCAUGCACUGGCCACACCAUCUCUGACAUUGAUAUUUUUGUUUGGAUGGUCUGAAGGGGGCUGAAUGUGCUUAGUAGCCUCUUCUAGCUUGAAAGCCCUGAUAACAGGAUUCUUAGCUGCACAGAGGCUUCCAGACAUGGCUAGAAGCCACCUUUAGACCUUCAUGCUCAACAUGUGAAGGUGCUGGGUGUGUGUAGCCCAGCCAGAAGAAAAAUAUUAAUAUGAAGGGGGUUCUAUUGUGGUUCAUCUGUUCCAUCUGGGUAUCAUUUUAAGCGACCAAUUUGGUCUGCUGAACUAUGUUGUGUGUUUUUUCUAUCUUCCAGGAGAGGAAAUUCGUUGGAGGUUCUGGCCAAAUUUGUGAGAAGAUCAUGGAAUAUCUAGGAGAGCUGGUUAAACUAGAGAAGCCUGUUACCUCCAUUGAUCAGACUGGUGAAAGUGUCAUUGUGGAGACACUGGAUCAUGAAACAUACGAGGUGAUUUAAAAGCUUACAGUUCUAAUAUAUACAAGGAUUCUCUUUUCGUCAUAUAAGGAGAAGAGGAUAUAAAGGACAUUUGUUAGUUGGGCAAAGAAUCCCAACAAACAAAAAUGUUCAAACGAUUGUGUUCAAUUAAAUAUCUACAGUUUGCUGUUACAAACAUGAGCGAAUUAUGCCAUGGACCUGUUCACUUUCUCCCCCUCUCCUUCCUCUGUUUGUGAGAGAAGAGAUGAUAAACUUUCCUUCCUCAUUCCUUCCUCAUAGUUUACCCACAAAGCAGAUCUCAAGCACAGAUCAAAUUAUGGUUUGGGAUUGUGGUUUAGAAGCAAAUAGAGUUUGCACAAACCAUGGUUUGCCAGGUUUGGACAACAAAAUUGUGAGCAGGUUGCUGCAAACCAGGAAUUCAAGAUUUAAUCUCCCUUCAUACCCUGAGGAAGCAGGAAAGGAUAGAAGAGUGUGUGUAAGCCAUGGCUUGAUUGCCAUAUCUCAAUGCAAUAAUUGAUUUGGUACAGGCAACUCAUGUGGGGGUUACAUUCUGGGGACAGUGCAUAAAACCAAAAUCAUGUAUAGUCAAAACACACUGGGUUCAAUAGCAAGCAGGAAUCCCAAAGUAUUUCUUCCUUUUUACCCCCUUUCAGUCCCCUUUAAAAAAUUUUUUUAGAAAAAUUACUAAUGUAAUGUAAUUAAAUGCAUGUUGGUUGCAAGUUCCUUAAUGAGUUUAUGCUAUUGUGCUUUCUUACUUUCUUACUUUUAAUUAUUUCUCUUGUCUGUUGUGACUGUACUCUUUCCUUGUGGUUGCUGUCCUAUAUGUUUUCCCAGGAGACGCCUGGUAUCUAAAUGGUAUCUAAAACUAUCCUUGUGUUCUUUGUGUUGCAAAGAGCCUUUUCAACAAUUUGUUCAGCCAUUUGGAAAAAUUCAAAGGUCCAUUUCUGUCAUCACUGGAAAAAUUGCUUGUCACUUUAAAUUUCUGUGACCUGUAACCUGAUGCGAAGUUUGUAUCCUCUUUUGUGAGUCAAAUUUUCAUUGAAAUGUAACCGGAAGUCUCCUAGAAUAACACAAGCAGUUUCAAGUAUCCUGUGAAGAUAGAGUUGAUUUUUCUUUGUAUUUCUUUUCAAGGCCCAGUAUGUUAUUAGUGCCAUCCCUCCAGCACUUUGUAUGAAGAUUCACUUUAACCCACCGCUGCCUUCAAUGAGGAAUCAGUUGAUCAGCCGGGUUCCUAUGGGAUCAGUCAUCAAAUGCAUAGUAUACUACAAGGAAGCAUUCUGGAGGAAAAAAGGUAUUUCUUGCUGACUGAAGGGAAGGGGCACAUGCAGAAUCUCCCUAAAUUAUACUUUUUCUCACAUGUUGUUCUCAUGCUGUCUUCUUCAGUAUCAUCUUAGAGAGAUAGACACAUAGAUGGAGAACUAGACAGGCACAAUCUUGCUGUCUGUGGUUCCUUCACUGAAGGUUUUUGAUCCUGCUCAUGGUAGGGAGGGAGGUGAUAUUAUUAUUAUUAUUAUUACUCCCCUCCCUCCUAUGCUGUUUCAAAGGGUCCCCCCAAUCCUCUGGCGACAUCAGGGGAAGGGAGGAAGUGGAUAAAGUUGUCUUCCACCACCAUUCCCUUCCAGCAGUAUGGGUCUGGAUCCAUCCCACAUGUUGAAAUAGAUGCAUAAAGUGUAUGUGUUCUUGAAUCCCAAAGUGACUAACAAUUCUAAUAAUUAAAAGCAAACAAUUAAAGCUAAUAAUUAAAGCAAACAGUAACAUUAAGAUGGUGGAACAGCCGUGAAGAGACAACGCAUAUUAAAACCAAAGGCAGCAAACAACCCUUACUAAGACAGCAUUUUAAAGGGAGUCUAAAAGGCCUGAGCAAAUAGUGCCAAAAAGAUACUGGACCCUCCCUGGGGAAGGUGCUUUGAAGAUGGGGUUACGUCUUUUAUCUUUAUGAUUAAUGUGGUGCACUAUGGAGAACAAGAUCUUAUGCAAAGAGUUGUCAAUAUUCUCUGUGCCUGAAGAAUUACCAUGGUAACCCAGAAUCUGGCAGCCACCCAAAGACUAUCCAUUUCUCUCUCUUUUUUAAAGCCUGCUGUUACCUCACACAGUUGCAGAGUACAAUACAGGAAUCUCAGAAACUUCUAGAAAUCCAAACAUAAUGGUGGUGCAUGGCACUCUUAGGGCUCAACUCUUGGCAUCUCCCAGAAGGCCAAUUUGGUAUAGUGGUUAGAAUGCUGGACCACUCAGCCAAGAAGCUGACUGGAUACCCUCGAACCAGUUGCUUUCUCUCAGGGUUGUUGUGAAGAUGAAAUGGACAGGGGCAGAACCACACAUGCCACCUUGAGUUCAUUGGAGGAAAGUGUAAUAAGUGUAAUAAUAACUAAAAUAAAUAAAUAAAUAAAUAAAUAAAUAAAUAAAUAUCCACAGUCAAGUGAUCUUGGGAACAUUAGUCUAGGUGGGAAUAAUUCUUCCUGGGACCUACUAGGAGGGCUUUCUAAAGGCCCUUUCACUAUGUAGUUUCUCCCAACCACUUUAAGUAGCUGUGUAUUGUGACUUUUAAAUUGCUGCAUAUACCUUGCCUUAAAUUUAAUGUUCCUGUGGUGCCCCUGUUGUCAAGAGAUGUUGUUAAGAUAUAUUAUUUAGAGGCAUGAGAGUGACAUAGUUGUUAGAACUACCUAGAUUACUGAUACAUGGAUUCACUUUUCACUCCCAUUUCAGAUUAUUGUGGCACCAUGAUAAUUGAAGAUGAGGAUGCAGCUAUUGGUUUGACACUAGAUGACACUAAACCCGAUGGAAGUUUUCCAGCAAUAAUUGGGUAAGGAAUACUAAAAAGCCACCUUCUGAGUCUUUUAAGAGAGGAAGAGAAUCAGAAAUGAAAUGUGAAGAGACUAUCAUUUGUGUCUUGACUUAAGCAUGUACCAUACAUGCUUGACUUGAGCAACUGUACCAUACACUUGGGACAUCAUUCUAUACAGAAAAGCAACCAUAAUACAGGGCAUUGGCUUUAUAUAUCCUGUAGGGGUAUAAAAAGCUGUCUGUGAAGAAGAAUUCUUGUCUCGGUCUACUAUGUUUGAGUUUGCACCUAUUUAGUUUAUAACCUGCAUACCUUUUCACACAUUUUUUGGUAACAGGCAAGUGUGGAGUUUCUUGUUUCCUGUGUGUACAGUGCAUAAGCUGUGCCAACCAGGUGUCAAGUGCCCUUGGGCGCUUCCAUGAGAAAAAUCCAUGCUUCCCCCUUUCCAGUAUGGUGUCUGCUCCUCCACAUGCAGCUGCUGGGUGACCUUGGGCUAGUCACACUUCUCUGAAGUCUCUCAGCCCCACUCACCUCACAGAGUGUUUGUUGUGGGGAAGGAAGGGGAAGGAGAAUGUUAGCUGCUUUGAGACUCCUUAGGGUAGUGAUAAAGCGGGAUAUCAAAUCCAAACUACUACUACUACUACUACUCUUCUUCUUCUUCUUCUUCUUCUUCUUCUUCUUCUUCUUCUUCCACAAUGUCAUGGAAGGAGAGACAAAGUGAGAUGGCUGGUGUUUCUGUGUUGUCACGUUGUGUGGAAAGAUGCUACCUGACAGAGCCUGCAUAAGUCUUGAAAAAGGACUUUAUGACAUGAUUGAAAACCACUGGCAUCAUAUGGUCUUAAUCUAAAUUAUAAUUAUUAUUGAUUCUAUUAUGAUGAUAGAAGUAAGAGUCUGUUCUAUAUUAUUGUAUUUUAGUUUUAUCCUUGCUCGGAAAUGCAGAAAAUUGACUCACCUCACCGCGGAGGAAAGGUAUGAACAAUAAACCUCUGGAUUUUUUUUUUCUGGCAGCCCAAGAUGUUCCUUUCUUUCCAUUCCCAUAUGGACUUCCCUGAUUUUGUAUGUGAGCUGUAACUGGUCUGUGACCGAAAUAAUAAAUUCAUUCAUUCAUUCAUAUGGUGGUAGAAUCAGUGGAGACUGACUCACUAGGGCAAGUGGAGCACUGUUCCACCAGCCUCAACCAACCCUUGCCUCCCUUCUUUCUUACUUACAGCCAGACCAGGUGGUUGCACUGCCAGUCAAGUUCCUCCUCCUUACUCCCAGUGUUGCCCCAUGUAAAGCUCAGCAGCAAAGACCUUUAUGCGCUAACAGGUCUAUGCAGCUGCUUAAACUUUCUUGACAAGCCAUUCAUUUUAUUGGGUUUUUUGGGGGGGUAUUGUUUUGUGUUUUGUUGUGCUUGUAUAUCUUGUGCACUGCUUUACAUCUUUUACAUGAGCAGGCAGCAUACAAAUAUUCUUUGUAAAUAAACAAAUAAAUGAUUCUGCUGCAAAUAUAUUUCAUAUAGGUUUUGACUCCCAGGACAAAAUGGAGUCAAGGAAGUAAUGAUGUUUUUGAUGGUUUCGAUGGUCUCCAAAUUAAUGCUGUUUGGUAUUUGCUAAGUUUAAAGUAUUUCAUUCGGUGCAUAGUUACUACGACUCCGCAGUCCAGAAAUUGAUAUAUACAAUGCACGGUCAUAAUAUCUAUGACAACAUAGUGCGAGAGGGUGGGCCUGGAGUCAGCCUUGUUCUUGCAACAGAUGAUGAGCUCUAUGGGCAGGGGCGGGGGAGCACCUCCUGCAGCAGUCUUUGUGUAUGUGGGAACAUGUCCAGAAGACCCACCAACGAUGCAUCAAAGCUUAUUUUCAUGCAUGGAUUCCACACUGUGCCUUUGUGCAAUUUUAGUAUGCACCCAAUCAGUUUAUGGGAGUCAUUUGUGAAACUGGCUCAUAGCAAGCACAGGGGAUACAAUGCAACUCUUGUGACACAGAGCAGCCUGUAAUGCAUUUUUUAAAAAGUGAGAAUCCCACUGAUCAGCCAUUGGGUGGGGAAAGGAAAGGGGGUCAUUUCCAUUUGCUUCUAUCCUCCUAUGAACAGACAAUUGGCAAAGCUUUGUUUUAGCCUUUUAAAGGAAUUGUUCCAUGCAUACAGGCCCAUCUAUUCAAACUGCACACAUAGGAUCUGUUUGCACAUGUGGCUACUCAGUAGGGCCAUCCAGAGAAAUUUUGCUACCUGAGGAAGAGCACAAAAGGCAGAGUCUCCAAGGCUGGCCAUGUUAUUUUGGUACCCAAGGCAGAAAAUCCCAUAAGCACCACUUUCCCUUUCCUCACAUUAAAAAUGCAGCAAUAAUGUUUGCUGCCUGUUUGUGACACUCCAGUAAGCUGCCCCAUGUUGCAGUCUCACUCAGAAGGCCAGCAGCCCAACAAUAGGGCUAGCCUUGUUGCUGCUGAUGUUGUAUGCAGACUGUGUGUGGGGUGGUGGUCCCUAGCAGGCUCAGGCCCAUGAUGUUUAUGAGGGCCUUUAGAAUGUAUAGCACCAAUCCCUGUAAAUAGUAAUCUUAGAAACUGAGGUGAUAAAAUCCAGAUUCAGAGCAAACUAUGGUUUGUUUCAGAAACGUAAGCUCAGCAAUAUGUUUUUUCUUGUAUUUCUGCUAUAGGAAAAGAAGGAUCUGUGAGCUCUAUGCAAAGGUGUUGGGAUCCCAGGAAGCCUUGCAUGUAAGAGGAUAAUAUAUAUUGUUUUUAUUAAUGAUUAGCUCUGAUGAUACAGCUAGCAGGGCUUCAUGCAUUCUCCUCCUUUAGCAGAUGAAUCCUAGUAAAUUUUUUGUAUGACAAUACUCUGGCACCAAAUCCUCCUCUGAGGCCCCAGGACAGUGCUUGAACAUCUUUUGGAAGAUUUAUAAGACUAGUCAUCUUGGAUUAGUUUUCUGAGGUCAUGGUCCGUGAAGCUGGACACACAAUCCAUGACCUCAGAAAACCAGUAGGUUCACUUUGAGUGUUGGUAUUUGGGAAUAUUUCACAUGUGGAUCUCAGUCAACCACGUGAGGGUUUUCAAAGAUGUAUUUUGCAUUUCAAUUUUUUCAAAGAUGGACUGAGAACAGUAAGCACUUGCUAUAUUUUUUUGUACCUUAUUAUAAUACAUUUCUAAGAAACCUUUAACAAAGCAGUGGGGCAGAGCGGGAUUAAAGUUUAUGUGUGUUACCCAUUUUCUUUUCUCUUUUAAAGUAUUUUUACCUACACUUUUAAAUGUGCUACCUGACCUGUAUUUUCAAAUUGGAGUGGCUUUAUCUGUAAAUAGAUGUGUAAAUUUUGAAGUGACAUGAGAAAUCACUGGGUAUUCCUCACAGAUCUCUGAAAUAAGUUUUCUGAUUUUUUUUGUUUUGUUUUUUAAGCUUCCUCUGUUACUUUUAACCCUGUUAACUCUGCCUUUCUAGCCAGUGCACUAUGAAGAGAAGAACUGGUGUGAAGAACAAUAUUCUGGCGGGUGCUAUACAGCCUAUUUCCCACCAGGGAUAAUGACUCAGUUUGGAAGGUAUGUUAACAAUAAGCAAGAAUGUUUCAUUACAGAAAGAAACCUGAGGAGAUUAUAACAUCUGAAAUACAAUUCCCUAGCUUGUGAUUACGCGAUGACUGGCAGGAGGUUGCAUUUGUUUCAGCAGUUAAUAAAAACUGUAAUCAGAUUCAUGUUUUGUUGUUGAUUGGCGACCAUGCCUUUAAUGAGUUAAUUAGCUCCAAACAGCUCAGUCCUAUGCAAGAGAUCCCAGGAAAGUGUGCAUCCUUAAUUAAAGGGGUACUAGAACGUCUAAGUGUUGGUGAGAGUUUGCAGGUGUUCAGUAAAAGUAACUUCCUCACUCAAGAUAAAGCAUUUAUUAUUUGGAAAUAUCUGAAGCAUAUUAUCUGAAGCAAAGGUUUUAUGUUGCUACUUAUAUCAGUGCCAUCAGCCCAGAGCAUCCUUGCAUACAUAACAGCUCUGAUUAACAUUCAGUUACAACCCUUGAGUUUAUAAUAUGUCUCUAAUAAAUCAAAGUAGUAAGCUAACAAAUUACGUAAUUAAUGUUGGAAUUCAAUGCCUUUGCCCAACAAGGGUGCUCUGUAUGUGAACUCAGAUUUCUGUGCCUUGAAAACUUUCUGUAUCAGAAGACUGUUAUGCAAUUCUAGUCACCUUUCCUCUCCUCAGAAAGGAUUUCAUAAAGUUGGGAAAGGGGGCCAGAAGCAAUCUGCCAUAGGUUGCAAUGCUGAUGUGGUAGAAUGAUAUUAGGAAUGCUCUUGUCUCUGACUUACGUUUAGAGAAAUGGGUCCCUCAUGCUUUCCAUAUUCUGUGCCUCUUUUAAAGGGUAAUUCGUGAGCCAGUUGGGAGAAUCUUCUUUGCAGGCACUGAGACGGCUUCAGAAUGGAGCGGCUACAUGGAAGGUGCAGUGCAGGCUGGAGAGAGAGCCGUCAGAGAGGUACAGUGAGUCCUGAGUAAAAAGGCCUUGUGAGGCUGCAAUCCUAUACUCACGGAUCUAGGAGUAAGCCGCAUUGGACUCAGUGGGCCUUUUUUCUUUCAUAGGGGCAUAUAGGAUUGCACUGCUGAUAUGUUUGAAUAAAGGGCAAUUGUAUUUGCUGGUUAAAAUAUUUGUAUUCCACGAUUUGGCCAAGCAAUUUAAGAGACACCCAUUAAAAGCAAAUAAUCAACAAAAACAAGCAAGCCACCAAAGUGGGAAAGUCAGUACAUAAAAUCACAGAAGGAAGGGUAGUGGUGGUCAAAUGAAUCCCAAAAUGCGACAAAAGAAAGGAAAAUGGACUGGAAUUCUAAUAAAGUGGAGCCUCCCUUGAGAGAGGGUUGCAAAACAUGGGUGCCACAACUGAACAGGCCCUGUCUUACCAGCUGGAUCUCUGAUGGCUGCAGACUGCGGAACACAUUCUCUGUUUGUAACUGUGCUUAAAAUAAUGCAAUACAUUUUAAAAUUGGAAAGAGAGCUUGAAAUUGGAUAUUAGGGAUUAGGGCAGGCCUGCAGUAUUUUGGACUAUUCCCAGGAAAUAGUCCAUUUUAAAGUCAGUUGAAACUUUACUUGGUUUGCAGAUGCAGGAUGUAUUCCCAUGGCAGCAUCUGUGGGGGCAACGUUUUGCCUAGCUUGUUUUGAUAUGCCCUUAAAUCUUGGGCCCUUCUGAUAAAUUUGCAUUACGUGUGAAUCUGUGCACCUCCCACUCAUUUCAGAAAGAUCUGAAACCUUGGUGUGCAUUUAGUGUAUAAUUUUCGGGAAGCCUUUACCAAGGUAUUUGGAAAUAAAAGGAAGCCAUGUAAAUGUUAUCUUCAUUUUUAGAUAUUGCACUCAAUGGGGAAGAUUUCAGAAGCAGAAAUUUGGAAGUCAGAACCAGAAUCACUCGUAAGUUUGCAGUUCUUCCUUUAAGGUGAAAUAGUGCUGGAUUAUUAUUAAUUUUAUCAACCAUUUUGUGACAUGCUAUAUACAGGAUCUGUAACUAACAGUGAAACCUGUGCAUGUUUUGUCACAAGCAAGUCCUGCAUAAUUCCAUGGCUGUUAGUUAUACCCAAAUAGAUGUGACUGAGAUUGCCACCUAAGAAGAACUUCACAUUUGCCUUACACUAAUAGUGAAUGUUCUUUCAUCCAGGAUGUCCCAGCCCUGCCAAUCACUACCACCUUUUGGGAAAGGAACUUGCCUUCUGUACCUGGACUUCUCAAGUUGUUUGGCUUCUGUGCUCUCUUGACAUCAGCGACUGCAGUAGGGCUCUGCACAUUUAAAAGGGGACUUCUGGUGAAAAACUGAAAACCGAUCUGUGAAUCUAAUAAGAAUUGGCAGAUGUGUGUGCAUUUGCACGAUCAUUUUACUCUUGCCAGGUAGUGAUGAAUGCAAUUCUCAAUUAUCCCAUGUAUUUCUCCUAUGAAACUUUAUCUUGCAAAAGGGUCCAAUAUGUAUUUCUGAGGCCAUUACAAAGUGGGCUGCUGCUGUUAUUAUUAUUUUGGGGUGUUUUUUUUAAGUGGUCUGGUGGAGCCCAGUGUAUUGCCAUGACGUUUUCCUUUUUUACAAAAUCAACUACUAUGUUGAUCUCACCACAGUGGCAAAGCAAAAAUCAUUGCACAGUGGGAGAAAAGUAGUUGAUCGAACAUUUCCACUGCCUCCAAAUGCUUUGGGAGAAUGAAAAUUAAACGAAGAGAUUAUCUGAGUGAAUAAAUUCCAGGGUCAACAUUCUACACAAAUUUAGGGGUCUAUUUCUUCAGAAGUACUUUUUGGUUUCUGUUCUUGGGGUUUGUUUGUUUUUUUUGCAGAGAAGGGUUGCCAAAAAGCUGGAAGGGGUCUCUCUUUUUUUUUUUGAGGGAUUCCACACUCCAUGGCACAUUUUCUAGAACACAUAGGCAACCUACUAUUCAACCAUGUGCUAACUCCGAGAAUGCAAGAGCAGUUGCACCUGAGUGAACCCAACAAAUGAAAACACACAUUUUUAAGGCUUGAGUUAUGUGUUUGCAAAUAUUUUAUUUUACAUGGCCAAGCCUUAAUCUGGUCAUUAAAAAUACCAGGACCAGAUUAAAGCGUGCGAGGGGGUUGGGGAGUAUUGAUGCUGUUGGGACUCCUGGUUAGACACCCUCCCCCUUGUCACUUCCUGCCUUUGACUUGUGGCAUUAUGAAGAACUAGGAAUGUAGGAAAAGUGUAAAUCACUACGCACUCAGAUUUGGACUUUCCAAAACAGUAUGUGAAUCGGAACACAGUUCCCUGCAUUUUUGUGGUGCAGUUGUCCAAUCAAGCAAUGUUCACAAUAAUGCAGAUAUUAGGAGGAAGAUAUUAGUAAAAAAAAGGUAAUAUUUAAAAUGCAGAUGGGGAAAUAGGUUUGUUAAAAAGUGUACAUUAGCCAAAGUUGCAUAAAGCUUUCGUGUUUAUUAGGAGAAAUUCGCUCUAACAUGCCUGUGAAUUUUCAUGAGUAUUUCUUAAAACAUGGCAAAUUGCUGCAAAAUGUUGAGAACUGAAUUUAAGAUGGGGGAAAUGUGAAACCUGAGAGAACCAAAAUGGACACAUCCUUCCAUCCGAAGAAGGAACCUAUCAACUCAGGCUAAAUACAGGUGCAAAUCCCAGUUAGGGGUCAUUUCCAGUGUUGCUUUUCCUUUCUCAUGUCUUUGGCAGUACAAAUCAGGGAAUAAAUUACCAAAGAUGAUAAUCUACAAGGAGCAGCCAUAUACUGAAUCAGAAAAUUGGUCCAUCUAGCCCAUUAAUAUCUACAAACAGGUUCUGGUUCUUAAGUAGAUGCCCAACAACUUAGAUCUUUAAGCUGGAGGUGUAACCUGGGAGCUUCUACAGCCAAAGCCUGCUCUCAGCCAAUGGCCUCUCAAAACAGCAUUGUAAUGAUUAUCACAUGGAACGUGUUGACGCUGUUUUGUGAAUUGUGAAAGAUUCCUGUCUGUCAUUUUAAUCUGACCACUGCAGUGUUAUGAAGACUUGUGUACCCUGAGCAUUUAGAAAUGCCUGGCAUUGUGAGUAGCUGAGGAAAGAAAACUAGUGCUGCACUUCACGCAGGGAGGGGCCAACGUGAACUCCAGCAGUACGUGGGCAAAAGAGAGGAAAUAAUAUUGAGAUGGACAAAGAACUGUGCAUGGUACAAGAGUGCAGCUCCCUAGAUAAUUCCCUUUUAGAGUUUUGGUUUCUAAAAACAUGCAGGCAUCCAAACAUUUCUAGCUUUUCUAUAUGAGUACUGGACACUUGACUACAACUUCUUAUUUCUUAAAUGAAACCAUGAUUUUCAGGAUCCGAGCUUCAGCAAUAGAUACUUGAUUUUGAAUUUUGACAACCAUACCAUAUGGAAAGGUAUCUUAAAACGUAACAUGGAGUCCAUGUCUACCUCUGAGGCUAUGGGAAAGGUCCUUUCAAGAACCGUCAUCUUGAAGAUCUAUUAUUUUAAAAGUGUAUAAAAAUGAUACUAGCUUUCUUUUGCACUUCCUGGAUUUGCAGUAGGAACUAAAUCUAUGUUUACUUCCUAUCUGAUAUUAACAUCCUCGUCAGGUUAAAAGAUUUAUUAUUUCUAUGUGUGAAAGUGCUUCUGCUUUGGUUUUUAAUGAGAUGGCACACAGGAAGUACACUGUGGGAAGGGUCUUGAAGCCCAUUUUUCACCUACAAAAUGGAACUGCAACAUCUUGCUGCUCAAGUAGCUCCAAUGAAAUCAAGACGGCCAACUAGAAUGACAUUUCAGAAUGCCAGAUUUCAAUCUGUUGGGAAGUCUGUUGCUUGCCUCUGGCUGUUUCUCUGUGCUCUGGCUAUGCAGUGUGCCACUGGGAGCUGAAGACAUCCAUUUAACUUGAGAGAGCAUCUCUUAGGAAUUUGAAAGACAGAGGAACAAGCUAUAGGACAGACAUGAUGUUUCUUUUGUGGUAUUAUGGGAGAGUCAUAUACUUACCAAAAGAUUUCCAAGUCUUGGAGUUGUUCUGCAUUUUUUUUUCUAAACCAGGAUUACCUUUUACUAAUGACAUUGUGACUCCCUGGGAGUUACAUAUGUAUAUUUAUACUAACUUCCAAGUUGACCAUACCUUGACCAAAAUGAUAUGCCAAGGUUUAUUAGUUUUUGGCCUGAUGAAUUUACCAUCCUCUUCCUCUGGAUGGUGUUAUGUUUUUUGUUUCUAUUCUUUGUACAGACUUAGGUUUGUUAACAGUAUCCCAGGGCUGCUGUUAUUAAGAUAUUUCCCCUUUUUUCAUAAUGGAUCACUUUCCCACAAUUUACUUGCGGGUACAGAGGAAAUUUUAGGGCAGUAGCCAGAACCUGAGGGGGCUCCCAAGGCACAGCAAAGGACCUUGUUGCACACUGUGGCCUCCACCCCUGCCCCCUUUUCUUUUCCAGGUGACACUAUUGGAGGCUGUUUCUAUGUUCUCAUAAGCUUCAGAAGCAGUUUUCAGGCAAUUGAGGGGCAGGUUUUUAAGUAGUAAAUGUUGGUUUUGGGUAAUGAGAAUUCAACCUGUCUAUGUGUGGCCUCUCUCCUGCCCAGCCUUGUGGCUCCUGGCUUGAAACUGAAAAGGUUUAAAGCAAAGGUCAUUGGUUGAAUGAUUUAAAGGCAAGCACCUUUAAAGCCCUAUACGGCCUAGGACCCUCGUACCUACGGGACCGCCUCUCCUGGUAUGCCCCACAGAGAAACUUACGGUCUUCGAAUAAAAACAUCUUGAAGGUCCCAGGCCCCAGAGAAGUUAGGCUGGCCUCAACUAGAGCCAGGGCUUUUUCGGCUGUGGCUCCGAUCUGGUGGAACACUCUGUCACAAGAGACCAGGGCCCUGCGGGACUUGACAUCUUUCCGCAGGGCCUGCAAGACAGAGCUGUUCCACCAGGCCUUUGGCCAGGGCACAGCCUGACUCCCUCCCUCGGCAAUCUUCACGGAGCUCUGGCCCAAUGGUUGCCAGUGGCUUGAAUUAAUUAAUUUUAUAACGAAUGAUUUUAGAGUGUUGUUUAUGCUGUACUUUUGUACUGUUUUAUUGUUGUUAGCCGCCCUGAGCCCGGCUUCGGCUGGGGAGGGCGGGAUAUAAAUAAAAUUUAUUAUUAUUAUUAUUAUUGGUUGUUGGGCUUCAACUCCCACCAGCCUUAGCCAGCAUGGCUAAUAGGCAGGGAUAAUGGGAGUUGUAGGCCAAAAGUUCUUUACCUCUAGCUUAGAAGUGUACUCUUCCCAGUUUCAGGCAAUGGAGGAAUAUUGUCUCAGCAAAGGGCUGAAGCAUUAUGAAAGCUGGUAAGGUCUGUUCUGUUCCCAUCUCCCUGGAAGACCUGGCUGUGCUCCAUUAAAUGACCCUUGUGGUGUUCUGGAACUAUUGUUGUUUGUUUACAAGAUGGAAGAGAUGGAGAUGCUGCUGGAGUUUUGGAACCCAAGGAAAGUGGAAGGACCACAUCCUCAAGCUGGGAUGAUGUAGGAGGUGGUGCUAAAGAUUUCCCCCGAGUGGGACAGCCUGUAUAUCCUCAUCUUCCUGAAGGCUGUGCUGGGUUCUGGGACCAUGCCAGCAAUUCUAGAUCCUUCCCUUUUUCUCACAGAGGGAGCAAGCACUGUUCAAUUGCUUCUUUUCAUCAAUCAGAAUGUGCUUGGCUUUAUCACUAAUUAGAAUCUGUUAGUCAAAACAGUGGUGAAGCUAAUUCCAUUUUAAUUAUUAAAGAAAUUAGUAAUUCAAGGCAGUGUUCCUGUGCACACCUACUAGGGGCUAAAUCUUACUAAAUUCAAUUGAACUUUUUUCUUAAGUAAUAAUAAUUCCUCAAAUGUCACUUGUCAGAUUGAUAUUUUCUAAACAAGGAACAUUAUGGUAAUCGGAUGUCAAAGUCUGAUUAUUAUUUCACCUGAAUGCAAAAAUGUAUCACACAGUUGGGUCUUUGAAGGCAAGUCUGUGAUAAUAACAGGUUGCAGAGUCAGAUCACUGGUCCAUUUAUCCCAGGACUGCCCACUCUGGCUGGUAGCAGCUUGGUAUCUGAAUUCAUUUUAGCUACAGGUGCCAGAGACUGAACCUGAACAUCAGCAUACAAAGCAUCUUCUCAUCCACCAAGCAAUGGCCUCUUCCCCUCAGGGUCUGUCAUGAAGCAUUUUACAUUUGUGCUUCAUAGUUCAUCCUCUCAGAGCUUUGCCACAGUCCAGUCAUCUUUUGGAAGCAUCAUAAACACUUGUCUUUGGGCUAAAGAGAUGGGACAUUAGCUGUGUGUCUCUUUGCUAUCUGGGUUUGGUUUUUGCUUUGUUUUGUUUUUCGGUAGCGUAUUAGACAUUAUAAAAUAUGAUGCGAUGUGACAUUUUAGCACGGUGAGUCUUCCUGUCAAUAAUGUGAGGCGGGGGUCAAAGAAAUGACCAACCUGAGGUCACUUUAUACCAGAUAUGGGGCACCUCCAGAUGUUGCUGAACUAUGAGUGCCAUCAGUCCCAGCAAGCACCAGCAAUAGUCAGGGAUGAUGGGAGUUGCAGUUCCGCAGUAUCUGGAGGGCCAAAGGCUCCCCCACACCUUGCUUUAUACACUGGUUUUGUUAGAAAUUACAAAGACUGGAGAGGAAAGAGGUAUGAGACCACAGAAGCUCUGGGUUUCUUCCUAUGUAUAAUUUGGGUGUCAGUGACGGCCAUUCAGGUAGUAUGAGAGGAUCUGUAGCACCUGUAAUAUUUAGUUUAUAGAGAGGAGGGGACGGUGAGCAUACAGCUGUUUGUGGUUUGUUCUGCUUUAGUAUCCCAUCAACAUCAUAAGAUAGGGCAAGAGACCAGACUUAAUAAAGAAGCAUUUCCCUAUACUGUUGUGAGUAAGAAUGCAGCCCUAGGAGUAUUUGGCAGAACUGAGGGAGGCGGGGAACAAAGACAGCACAUUUUAUGCAAAAUGUAAUUUCCUUUACUGCACCCCUUUCCCCUGUUCUAACUAAGUUAUGAUGUAGCAGUCACAUAAAUUCACCCAUCAGACAUGAAAAAGUGGGUUGUGAAUUACUUUUUGAUCAUUUUCAAAAAAGCACUCAAACACUCUCAACAAUCCUCAGCUCUUCCAUUUAAUCAUUCUUUUCCACAAAUGUUUUGUUUCCCCGCUUUCUUCAGUUCCUCAUUUAUUGAGAUAAAUGAGAAUGUGGAGAUUUUUGGGGGGGAGGGGGAGAGAAUGUAACUGCUUUUCAGAAACAGAAAUCGGUUGCACAUUGAAGUCUUACCUCUGGUCUGGAAGUUGGCCCAUGAGAUUUGGUGGAUGAAUGAUCCUGCCUUUAGGCAAGAGGUUGAACUUGCUGAACUUCUGUUCUUUCAGCAACAUUUCUUGGAAGCAUGUCCCACAUAUUUCAAUAUAACUUUCUUCUACAUCCAUCCAUGAAUGGAAACAGGUUUCUGGGCAUGAAUUUACACUAACAGUAUAAAAGGUUGCUAUGGGAAAACCCCAAGCCAACACAUGGUGCGGGUACCACUAAGCUCCAGCACCAUGCAAAGAAUUUAAAGUGCCUGCCAUCUCCAAUCACCUCUUUAGCUGAGGAGAAAGCAAGAAGUGGGGUCAAUACAGGGAUGAUGUUUUCUUCAACCUUCUUAUCUACCAAGUGAUUAAUCUUUCAGAGCUGAUAAAUGCUGAUCAUACCUAAGAUAACGUGGGGAAAGGAGAAGAGGAAGGUUUUACAAGCCAAAUACUGGGCACUCAGCAUGUUGCAAUUCCCCCACCACCAGGAUAGGACCAACAUCUUUAACAGCAGAGUGUUUUAUUCUCAUGAAUUUAUAAACUUCUUUGAGAGUUCAGAACCAAAAUCAGGGUCAGAUGGGAGAAGGAAGAUCCAAACUGUUAAGCUGUCACCUCAUAAAUUGUCUGUGUUAGACUUCAGAAAAUGACAGCAUCUUAAUCUUUUGAGGAGUGUUUCGUUAACUUACAACCGACUAUUUUGCAUCAUACUUUAACUAGCAUCCUAUUUCUUGUUUAUGGACAAAAAUGUGUAUGAUGUCAUACAACAUUACAGGAAAAGAACACAGAGGUUGCCUUGCUUGGAUCCUCAGAGGAAAUGUCCAUCUAAGGUUGUACUCUAUCAAUGUGUAGUGCAAGCCUGCAUAUGUCUGCUUAGAAGUAAGUGCCACUGAGUUUGGUGGGAUUUACUCUGUGGUCUAAACCACAGAGCCUAGGGCUUGCUGAUCGGAAGGUCAGUGGUUCGAAUCCCCGCAACAGGGUGAGCUCCCGUUGCUCGGUCCCAGCUCCUGCCAACCUAGCAGUUCGAAAGCACGUCAAAAUGUAAGUAGAUAAAUAGGUACUGCUCCAGUGGGAAGGUAAACGGCAUUUCCGUGUGCUGCUCUGGUUCGCCAGAAGCAGCUUAGUCAUGCUGGCCACAUGACCCGGAAAAACUGUCUGCGGACAAAUGUCGGCUCCCUCGGCCAGUAAAGUGAGAUGAGCGCCACAACCUCAGAGUCAUUCGCUACUGGACUUAACUGUCAGGGGUCCUUUACCUUUACCUUUUUAAGUGGAUAUAGGACUGCAGCCUCCAUUGGUUAGCUAGGUGCCUCUGUGGAGCUUACAAGAAGGGCAUGACAGAGAUUUCCCUUCACACUAGGAAUUUAAUUACUUCCUCUGAAAGGCAUUAUAGGACUGUAAGGCACACAACACAGCAUGGAGUUUGAUGACAUUUUUAAGUAAGUGCUUGUUCUGUGCAGUGCCACUUGACUCUCUGCGAUAUGUGAUUGGAAAUCUGACACAAUUUUAAACCUACACUUCACUGAUUCAGUAAAGACAGCGUGUAUGCUGCUAUGGCUACAAUAUUUUUUAAUGAAUGUCUGGGUCAGUGUUUUAUUUGACCAGGGUGCUUAUUGUAAGUUAACCCUAGUGCCAUAGUUUUGAUGGGCCUUGUUGAGACAUAUCGCCAAAGGGUGUGUGUGUGUACAUGCCCAAUUCUGGAAUGGGCAGCAGGCUACAAUGCCAGCAUCUUUUGAGGGAGACAAUCCAUUCAUCACUUCAUUUGUUUAUUGAGGGUGUGUGUGUGUGUUGUGGAUAAUGAAUACAAAUAUUUUGGCAUAGAGUGCAUAGAGCCUUACCCCACUGUCAACUGCAGUACAGUGGUACCUCGGGUUACAAACACCUCGGGUUACAAACACUUCGGGUUACAGACUCCACUAACCCGGAAGUAGUACCUCAGGUUAAGAACUUUACCUCAGGAUGAGAACAGAAAUCGUGCGGCGGCAGUGGGAGGCACAAUUAGCUAAAGUUAAGAACGGUUUCAGGUUAAGAAUGGACCUCCAGAAUGUAUUAAGUUCUUAACCUGAGGUACCACUGUACUCAGAUCAAUAUGUCAAAUUGUGGGAAAGUGACACUUAGGACAUAGUGAACUAAGGACUCUGUGCACCACUGAUGUCGAUGAAGGCUGUUGAAUAAGAGGAGCACGGCAACAUUUCACUGUAUCUUUUCUGUAAAUGACUAUGGUGUUGCCCUACAGGUUAUAGAUAAGGUUGCAAAAACUGGAGGGGAAGGAACAUGGAGAGCCCAGGAGACAAUGAAGAGAAAAAGGUGCUGCUAAGUGUGCACUAAUUGCCCCUUAUAUCAAUGCAUUUGAAAGCCAUUGUAUCUGUUCAAAUACUGCAGAGCUGUAACUAUUGUAUUGCUGUUUGAAAUGUCAAAGGGGUCAGAAAAAUCAGCUGUUGCACUUGGCAGUGAGAAUUGGUGCAUAGUUCAUUAAAGGGCCCCUCUCUGCACUGAGUCAGAUGAAUAUUCUGGCAAUACCUUGUUAAAGGCUUUAGAAACAUUGUCAUCUUUGCUGCAAGAUGUCCUGUUCCAAGAUAACACCUGAAUUCUAAUUAUCAGUGGAAAUCAAGCAGAUUAUUAAGUGCUGGAGAGAAGACCAAUGCCAACAUUUUAAAACCGGUGACCUGCUCGCAUAGAGAUUAACUUAACAUAAUAAGCAGCCAGCUUCAAGUAUGUCUACUCUUAUCUGUCUUUGAGGUCUGAUCCCUGCGUGUCCACACUGGGUUGAAGUUGUACUGGCUCCAGCUGAUCUGCGUGGGGAUCUGCUCUGCAGGGCCUGUAUGAGCAAGGCUGUCUGCAGGACACUUAUAUUUUUUUUCAGUGAUUUUAACUAAGUUUUCUCUGGUAGGAAUAUCCUGGCAGCAGAUAUGAAGAAGUGCAGAAAAGGUUGCAAUACUGUGAUAUCUGAAGAACAUUUAGCAUGCAUCUCCUAAAGGCUGGGACACUAAAAAGCUGUCCAUGAGUAAAAUUUCAGUUUUUCAAACUCAAAAAGUAAACUUAAAAAACUUUAUAUGCAUGCAUUCUGGCCACCAAAAACACAUGCACAUGAGAAUUAAUACAUCCACCGUCUUGGAUGUUGGCCUGUCCAAAUCUGCAGUGAUUUUUUAAAUAGUGGCUCACUUUUCAGAAAGGUCCUCCAUGCUCAUUAACACUCUCAGAAAGAGAAGGGCUCUACUUUAUCCUAAAGGGAUGGACUCUACUUUCUCUAGCUGAUUUCAUCUUCUGGAAAGUCCCAUUCCCCCAAGAGGUUCAGUUUAUGGAACUGAAACUAGCAUAACAUUAGUCUAGAAUAUUACUGUGCUAUAAGAACUGUGUCCAGAGGCAGGCUUCUAAAGUUUAAGCCUAUUUUGAAGAGUGGAGAAAUAAAAUAUUUGCUUCGCAGAAAAGGAAAAAUUACAACACACUAGGAAAGUGUGUGCUUGAAAACUGGAAGAGCUAAUCCACAGGAGACCUGGGCAAGUUUGAACAGUGCAAUUAAAAGUUAACAGUUCUCCCUAAGUAAAUGUACCCAUUGAUUAAACAUAAUAUUCCUUCCAGCAUCUUCUUCCCUGAAACCUUAUUAAUGGCUGAGCUUCUGUUCCAGUGGAAAUAAAAGCGAAAAUCUUCAAAGCAGGUUUUUAUAAAGGGGGUUUUAAAUUAAAUAAUUUAUACUGACCUAACCUGCAGCUGAGCUUUCUUCUCCUUUGAUCACAUACUAGUACUAGUCGUCGUAUCUGUUUUGUACAAGUGUAACAUCACAGUAUCAAGAUAUGGAUUCAGUCAGUCAUGGUUUGUUUGUGCCUUACAUGAUUGUGGCGUUUUCUUAAGUGCCUCUGUGGUGGCUAUCUCGUCUUGAGUCCCUUAUUAUGUUCCUUUUUCUGUUCUAGAUAUCUUUAUCUGGCAGCUGUGAACCUUUUUAAAAGUUCAACUCAAAGGAAUAAACAUUGCCACACUG